AUGAAAGGCAGCACCAGAAAUAAGGAUCAAUCUAAUGAAGGAGAAGGAACUGGAAAACGACCAAAGAGAAAAUGCCUUCAGUGGCAUCCACUACUCGCUAACAAAAUUCUUGACUUUUCUGAAGAUGAAGACGACGACGAUGAGGAGGAAGAUAUUGAAAAGGUAAAUUCUACACAGCUUACCCUUUUAUUUGAUCUGUUUUAGAUGCAUAUGUUGUUUUAAAGGAAAAUGCUAAUUUGAAAAAAAUCUAUACAUUCAUUUUAUCUUUUUUUAUUUUUUUAUUAUUAUAAUGUUCCCUAAACUCUUUAGAUUACGACAACUCCACUAUUUUAUUAUUGAAUGAGUUACAAAUUGGUUAAACUCACUUUUAUUCCAGUUUAGGAGAGUAUAUUUGCUGUAGCUCUGCACGUUAGUGACACACGUGAUCAGCAUCUUCACUUGCAGGCAGCGCUGUGAAUGCUUCUGUAAGAAGAAUUCUGUGGGCUUAAUGUGAAUUUGUCCCUACCCUCCCCAAUGCCUGCCAACUGUGCCUUCCCUAUUUGCAUCAUAUUUUACACUCUAUUUCCCUUCUUAUUUUCAACCCCCCCAAACCAAUCCCUCUUUGCCCCCCACAUGCUCUUCCUCUGCACUGUUAUGCCGUGGAAGGACUUUAGGGCAAUAUGAGCUGUCACUGCAUACCCAGUGUAGUGUUCACUGCUUCUAAAAGAAAAGCAUUGGAUUCAAUGCUUCUCUAUCAUGUGCCCAUGGUUCAGCAAUGAUUCUUCAUGAGAAGCAUUUGAUUGGACCUCAGCCAGGAUCCAGUAAUGCUGCCUGAAAAGGCAUACAUUAUAAUGUAUAUAUCACUUAAAAUAUAAACAAUUUGAAAACUUGUGUUUCCCUUUACAAAUCCUACCCUGAAUUAUACCUUUAAAGUGAUACUCUAAGCAAAACUAAAUUGUGCCAUUAUGUAUGUGGAUUCUGCAAAUAUAUUUAGUUGAAAUUGUAGGAUGAAAUUAAAUCAUCUUGGUUAAAGAAAAUGUUGUUGGUUGUUCACGUCAUAUUCAAAGUCACAUUGUGGUAUGAUCUUACCCUGUCUAGCUUAGUAAAAGUCAGAAAGAUUUCAAAAAUAGCCAUAUUUCGAAUAUUGAUCAUGAGUCUCCCCCCCCCCUUUUAUUAAAUAUCCUCAUCCAUUGGUUCCAUUAUUUAUUUUAAACAUUUUUAUUAUUAUCAUUAUUAUAUUUAUAUAGCGUCAACAAAUUCUGUAGCGCUUUACAAUGGGUGGGCUAACAAACAUGUAAUUGUAACAAAACAAGUUUGACACACAAAAACAGAGGGGUUGAGAGCCCUGCUCAAUGGGGGAAAGUGACACAAAAGUAGUAAUGUCCUGAACGGUUCGCCGCAGACGGCGAACAUAUGCGCUGUUUGGUCCGCCCCCUAUUCGUCAUCAUUGAGUAAACUUUGACCCUGUACCUCACAGUCAGCAGACACAUUCCAGCCAAUCAGCAGCAGACCCUCCCUCCCAGACCCUCCCGCAUAUGUUCGCCGUCCGUGGCGAACCGUUCGGGACAUCACUACACAAAAGGUAAGGGAAGUAUUAGGGAAGUAGAUUGGUAGAAUAGUAUUCAAUGAAGACUUAGUGGGUUUGUUUUUUUUUAGCCACUAACAGUUUAAUUGAUAUGCUUUAAUUCAGUGUUUCCCAACCCAGUCCUCAAGGCACACCUGCCAGUCCAGGAUUUAGGGAUUACCCAAUUGUGUCAGAGGUGGGAGUACAAACAGAAGAUAGACACAGGUCUUCGGCAGAGCUUGGGGGCUAGACAGGACAUACUUGUGUAUUAGGGAGGAUAGAUAAGUAGGAGUAGCAUUAUGUAGAGAUUUGAAAGCAAGAACCAUCAUUUUAUAUUGAGCCCUAUAUCUUACGGGAAGCCAAUGCAGAGACUGACAGAGGGGUGAGCUGUGGGAGGUGUGGCUGGACAGGAUGAUGAGCCUCGCCGCCGGAUUCAUUAUAGACUGCAAUGGGGUAAGUUGGGAACACGUAAGACCAGUGAGAAGCGGAUUGCAGUAGUCAAGGCGAGAAAGUACAGUGGCAUGGACCAGCACCUCAGUCGCAUCUGGCGUUAAGUAGGGGCGGAUGCGCACAAUGUUUUUGAGAUGGAAGCAGCAGGAAUUGGAGAUAGACUGAACAUGAGGGGUGAAGGAGAGGUCAGAGUCAAAGAGAACACCUAGGCAACGAACCUGCGUGGUGGAUCUGAUGGUAGCAACAUUAACGUGGACGGAGACAGAAACUGGAGUAGCUACACUUGAGGAAGGAAAGACCAGAAGCUUGACUUAAGGAAAUGGGCAGCCACCCCGUUAGAAAUAGCAGAGAGGCAGUCAGAGACACUAGUAAAGAGGGACGGGGAGAGAUCAGGGGAUUACAGAUAGAUUUGCGUGUUAUCUGCAUAGAAGUGAUAUUGGAAGCAAAAAUGGUCAGAAUUGUGGCAACUGACAUUUAAUGUGGAUAAGUGCAAGAUAAUGCAUCUUGGAUGUAAAAACCCAAGGGCAGAGUACAGAAUAUUUGAUAGAGUCCUAACCUCAACAUCUGAGGAAAGGGAUUUAGAGGUGAUUAUUUCUGAUGACUUAAAGGUAGGCAGACAAUGUAAUAGAGCAGCAGGAAAUGCUAGCAGAAUGCUUGGUUGUAUAGGGAGAGGUAUUAGCAGUAGAAAGAGGGAAGUGCUCAUGCCAUUUUACAGAACACUGGUGAGACCUCACUUGGAGUAUUGUACACAGUACUGGAGACCGUAUCUUCAGAAGGAUAUUGAUACCUUAGAGAGGGUUCAGAGAAGGGCUACUAAACUGGUUCAUGGAUUGCGGGAUAAAACUUACCAGGAAAGGUUAAAGGAUCUUAACAUGUAUAGCUUGGAGGAAAGACGAGACAGGGGGGAUAUGAUAGAAACAUUUAAAUAUAUAAAGGGAAUCAACACAGUAAAGGAGGAGACUAUAUUUAAAAGAAGAAAAACUACCACAACAAGAGGACAUAGUCUUAAAUUAGAGGGACAAAGGUUUAAAAAUAAUAUCAGGAAGUAUUACUUUACUGAGAGGGUAGUGGAUGCAUGGAAUAGCCUUCCAGCUGAAGUGGUAGAGGUUAACACAGUAAAGGAGUUUAAGCAUGCGUGGGAUAGGCAUAAGGCUAUCCUAACUAUAAGAUAAGGCCAGGGACUAAUGAAAGUAUUUAGAAAAUUGGGCAGACUAGAUGGGCCGAAUGGUUCUUAUCUGCCGUCACAUUCUAUGUUUCUAUGACCUGAUGAAUUUACCAAGGGAGGCAGUAUAGAUCGAGAACAGUAGGGAACGAAGGACUGAACCUUCAAGGACACCAAUAGAGAGAGGUUGUGAGAAAGAGGCAGAGCCAGAAAAUGAAAUGCUAAAAGAGCGCUGGGUGAGGUAGGAGGAGCACCAGGAGAGAGCAAUAUCUCAUAGACCGAGAUUACGGAGGAUGAGAAAAAGCUGUUGAUGAUCAACAGUAUCAAAAGCAGCGGAAAGGUCAAGGAGAAUUAGGAAAGAGUAGUGACCAUGAGAUUUUGCAGCGAGUAGAUAGUUUAAUACUUUGGUCAGAGCUGUUUCCACAGAGUGCUGAAGUGGGUCGAGCAGAGAAUUGGACUCAAGGAAGUUUGUCAAUCUCACAUACACAAGUCUUUCGAGGAUCUUGGACGCAAAAGGCAGUAGCGAGAUAGGGCGGUAGUUGGGACGGGGAGUUAGGGUCAAGGUUGGGCUUUUUUUUAAUCUGGGUUACAGUUGCAUGUUUGAAGGGUAAUGGAAAUAUGACAGAGGAGACGGAGAGAUUGAGAAUUUUAGUGAGAGGCAAAAUGAUGCGAAGGAAUAGGAUCAAGGGAACAGGUGGUGGGGCAGGAGGACCGGAGCAGAUCAGAAACCUCUUCCGCUGUAGCGGGUGCGAUUGAGCAUAGAUAGUGAGGUUGGGGGAAGUAUUGUAAGUGGAAGGAGAGAGAUGAGAGAUAUCUUCCCUGAUUGUAGAGAUCUUGUCAGUAAAGUGAGUUGCAAAGUUUGUGGCGGUUAAGUCAGUAGGAGGAGAAGGAGCAACAGGGCAAAGAAGAUGAAAGAGCCAAGCUGUAAGGGCGCAGUAUAAAUGUAUAGUGGAGAAAGUCAGAUGAAGAGUGAGACUUCCUCCAGCAGCGUUCAGCAGUUCUGGAGCAUAUUUGAAGGUGUAGAGUCAGCUUGGUGUGCCAGGUUGCAGUUGAGGGUGCUUGCUGCGUUUAAGUGUAGCAGGUGCCAUGAUGUCUAGUUGAGCGAAGAGGGUGGAAUUAUAGAAGGAGAUUGCAGAGCUAGGGCAAGUUUGAGAUAGGUAAAAUGAGCGAGGUUUGAGAUAGGUAAAAUGAGAGUUUGGAGGUUAGUGGAGAAGUUCUCUAGGUCAAGACAUAGAAGUUUUCUGUGAUAUUGAUGUGCAGAGAGUGGUGUCAGUUGGGUCCUGGGUCUGCUGAUAAAAUAAGCAGAUGGCCAGAUAGAGGAAAGGAAAUAUUAGAGAGAUUAGAGGCGGUACAGAGGUUGGUGAAGGCAAGUUCAAGAGUGUUUCCCACUGAAUGGGUUGCAGAAUUAGACCACUGCAUGAGGCCAAAGGAGGAGGUUACAGAUAGCUGGCGAGAGGCAUUAGUGCAGUUGGGGUUGUUGAUUGGGAUGUUGAAAUAUCCAAGUAUAAGGGAAGGAGUGCAUGAGGAGAGGAAGUGAGGUAGUCAGGAGGAAAGGUGCUCAAUAAAUAGCCUGGGGAGGGGACGGGGGGGCAGUAGAUGAUAGCAAUUCUUAAAGGAAUUGGUUUAAAUAGGCAGACAGUGUGAACUUCAGUGGAAUUAAAAGAUAGAGGUAGGGCAGGGGAGAUUGGUUGAAAGGUACAUUGAGGGGAGAGAAGGAUACCUACACCACCUCCUUUACAGUUGUGGAGUGUGGGAGAAUUGUAGCCCACUAAAACAUAAUGAGGCAGGAGUAGCACUAUCAGAGGGGGAAAGCCAGGUCUCCAUGAGUGCUAGUAGUGUGAGUGAGUUUGAGAGGAAAAGGUUGUGCAUGGCUGUUCAUUUCAGAUUGCUGCAGACGGAGCGGGCAUUCCAGAGUGCACAUUGGCUGUUGGCAAAUGAGGGUAAAGGGCAGGGUAUGUAUGGUUUCUGGUUGUCUUAGUGUGUGCAGAGGAGGCGAGGGGCCCUGAGUUGGGAGAGAAAUCACUAGCUGCUAGAAGAAGGAGGAGAGAUAGUGACAGGAGGUUUGAGUGUUUUUUUUUUUUUACUUUUAAUUCAAACUUUUUUUUAAUGUGGUGACAAGCACAGGCCAGACACCACAUAAUUAACCAUCAUGCCGCUGAGGGUUUUUAACUAUUUACCUGCUGUCCAUUUAUGCUGCCAUCUGCUAAAUAUUACUUCAAAUGAUCAAUUCAAUUCCAAAAAAGUUAUUUACGAUUCUGCAUGCUGUUGGCCGGAUGCAUUAAAUCCCAAAUAUUAAUAUCAAUGCUUUGUGAAUCUUCCGAAGCUUAAACUUUGUAUAGGGUUUAGAUUUUAUUCCGGACACCGAAUGAAUCUGAUUGCUGCAGUUUCCCUUGGGCCAAUUGUGUUAGGCUUUAGCAAAAUAUGAAAAUUGCCAUUGAGAUAGCAAUUUAGACAUUUUCACCAGUGUUCAUCUAGUGAAUAUACCCUGGUUGUUUUUUUGUCACAUCUGCUGUAUGUGACACCAAUCUAUUUCUACUUCUACAUAAAUAUUUCUGUAAUAUGCAUCUAAAAAGCAAGAUUUGAAUAAUACAAAUUUCUUUUUAGUCUUCAUUACAUUUUAAUUUUUUAUGCAAAAAAUAUGAGCUUAGCAGCGGUUCAAUGCUUACUUUCGAACACUAGUUUAAAGGUCUAUCCAGCAUUACUGUCCUUACUGUCACUACUCUGCGUAUCACAAGCUGCCUAGCAUCCUAUUUUAAAAAUAAAAUAAAAAGAACCUGCAAAAAAAAAAAAAAACACGUAUAGAGUGCCAAGAAACAUUUAGCACAUCAGCAUGAUGUGCCAAAGAUCAAAGCAUCAUGCUUGAUGGUCUGUGGUCCAAUCCAAUGCUUCUCAUUGCGCGUGUAUGGUGCAAGCACAAUUAUCACCACGCUUCGCCAAUCCAGUGGUUCUUGUAGAAAAGCAUUCCAUCCAGGGCUUCUCAAUGGAAGGCCUUGCUGUAUUAUGCUGUAUGUUGUGGCGCUGAACAGUAACACCUUUAAAAAUCAAGGGUCUUAAAGGGAAACUAUACGUCAAGGAAAACAAAGUUGUUUUCCUAGCAGUAUCGCUUCCUAUAGUGCUUCCCUCCGUUGUUAAAAAACAUUUUUGUCACUUACCUAAAUCCAUCGCUGAUGUCAGCCGGCAGGAGAGACCUAAUGCGCAUGGAUUGCAAUGGCUGCACUUGCAUUAGUAUUUCCUAUGAGGUUUUGCAUAACGCUAGAUCAAAAGUCCCCUAAUAAACAGAAAGUCCCUCUAGUGGCUGUCUGGUAGAUAGCCACUGGGGGUGGAGUUUACACUAAAAUGUAAUAAUUGCAGUUUAUUAAAAACUGCAAUAAUUUCCUAUGUAGGGGUAAGGGAUCUGAGAAACAGCACCCAGAACAGCUCAAUGAGCUGGAAUGGUCUGUGUGACUCGAGUGUCCCUUUAAGGAUUAAGUACUUAUUGUUGCUUACUUCCAGACAGCCACUAGGAAUAUGUUGCGACGAAAAGUAAACAAAAUAUCUCUUCAAUUGUAAUAGAUAUUAAAGAACAACAAAUUAUGUAAAUGUAGAAAAACUCUGAAAAGUAGAAACAAAGGGAGUUUUGUGUUUUGUUUUUAUUAAAAAUUUAAUUUUAACACAUGUUCCCCAACACAUCAGACAAAUGCUGGAGGUGUGACUCGGAGAGGAGAACCAUGUUACACAUCUGGUGGGACUGCGCAAUAAUUAGACCCUUCUGGGAAGAGAUAACUAGGCUAAUCUCUGACGUUCUGAAACAACCAAUAUAGGCAUUCGCAGAAUUUUUUCUCCUGUUUAUGUUCCCAGAAUACAUGAAUAAACGUCAAGGGACCUUGGCAUUUCACAUACUGAUAGCCACAAAUUAGUGGUGAUGAGGGCUCACUCGCGCUCAUCACCACUAUGCCCCACAGGGGUACACAUAGCCGCCAACUUCUAUUUUCUACUCUCUCUCUACCUCUUGCUUUUCUACUAUUCUACUUUCUGUCCCCUAAUCCAGCAGCGCUGGGUUACCCCAAAAAAAAUGUGUUCUCCAGGGUGAGGAAGCACAUGAACAUUUCAGAACCCAAGGGUUUGCCUAAAAUUGGCCUUGUGUGCACAUCCCUAACCAUGGUGCUAUGUGGUCAGCAGGGAAAAGCGACAAAGGAACCGGUUGCGCACCACGUAAUAAACAAAUGUGUUAAAAAUAUGUAGCCUGUUCCACAAAUGUAUCUAACAUUGUAAAGCACAGAAUAAGUGGCUUAACCUGUUCCGUCAUUAUGAAAACGAUGUAUCUCUUUGGAUGCAUAUGCUUUAACCCUGUAAUUCUGUUUAUGUUUAAGUUUACGUUUUUGCAUAUGUAUAAGCCUUGGUGUUUACAUGACUCUGUCUCCAAUAUGUACCUGAAUCACCGGAAUAAAGAAAUAAAGAAUAAAAAAAAUAAUUUUAAUCGAUUGUAAUCUAAUAGCCAAAUGUAAUAAAAAUAUCUGAUUUGGAAAAAAUGUCAUUCAGAUACAGUCUAAGCAUAGGUAUUUUUUCGUGAAUUGUGUGGUUCACAGUUGAUUUCACUAAAACAGAAAGUUUUUCCGUGCUAUUUUAGCAUUUUUUUUUGUAUUUUCCUCAUCGAUUCUCCACAUUUCCCUUUGGAAAGGGUAAACCAAAUGUAUAUUAUAACUAAUCCAAUGGUCAUCUACACAAUCUCACAAUGCACUAAUGGAGAUUUAUUAAAUAGGACAUUACAAAAUGUAAAAUCAAAUUUAUAGCCUAGCUUAAUAUUGCAUCUCAGGGCUGCGCAAUAUAAGCAUAAGAUGCAAUAGUGUUAUUUUAUGUACUGCCUGUUCAUGAGCUGCAUUUUCCAAGAUAAUUUUAAAAGAUGCAUUUAGUGGUUUAAGAUCAUGUGAUCUAUUUGGUUGUGUACCAAGACCAUAAUGAAUCAGCUUUAUAUCACUGUGUAUUGGUUCAGUCGGUUUUGGAUGUGAUUAAUAUGGGCAGAUUAACAAACAUCCCUCUUGAUAACCUAUGUGAUUUUGCAAAUAAUUCAAAAUAAAAGCAAUGCAAAAGGAUUUAUGAAACAUCAAAUACUGGAUUUAAAUAAACCUCUUUUAAUUGAAGAUCUGGCUUAUAACAUGCAAAAUUAUUGUUUUGUUCUGAAAACGAAGAUUUAAUACAAAAAAUUGUGCAUGUUUCCAUUUCUGACACUAAUUAAAAUAUUUUGGCUUUAAUAUAAAAUUAUUAUUAUUGUUUUUAUUCUAAAUUGUUUUUAUUAUAACAAUUCAUGUUAUUUUUUAUCCAUAGAGACUGUUCUAAGUUUUAUAGAUCCUGUGCUAUCUGUAGCACAACUGAUAAAUUUAAUAAACUCUUGCAGCGGUAUCGGAAAAGUCCUUAAAAGUUAUGAAAAUAAUCGAUUAAAAAUUUAAUUGAGACAUUCAAAUUUUAUUCUGUGCGUAGUCUGACACAAGUGGGGCUGUUAAGGUCACAUGUACCCAUUUCUGGCGGACCAUCCUUCUAGUGCACAUUCUGUUUAAUUUAGAAUUCCUUAUCUUCUGCUUUUAUAAUAGUCUUCUAGACCCUGUAGGAGUCUCCUAUGUGUAAUAAAAGUUUUAUUUACAGAACAGGAGAUAAAAACAUCUACAGCAAGUUAACAUCUGAUUGAGAAAAAAAAAAUUCCAUGCAGGCUGUGUUUGUACCAGGCAGGUGUGGCUAAGGCUGCAUAAACAGAAUUUUUUUUAUUUAACUCAAAAAUGGCAGAAAAUUGAGCAGUGACACUGCAGGGGUAUGAUCUAUACACCAAAAGUUAAAGUUGUUGUGGUGCCACUAGUAUCCCUUUAAAGGAUCACUAUAGUGUCAGGAAAACAAAGCGGUUUUCCUGACACUAUAGUGCCCUGAGGGUGCUCCCAUCCUCAGGGUCCCCAUCCCGUGGCGCUGAAGGGGUAAAAACCCCUUCAGCAGCUUACCUUAAUCCAGCGCCAGGCUCCCUCGGCGCUGGUGACCUCUCCUCUCCUGACCUCUCCUCAGCUCCCUCUGCCGACGUCAGUGGACCAAAUGCGCAUGGCAGAUCCAGAAGACAGCCACUAGAGGCUGGCUUAACCCCAAAUGUAAACAUAGCAGUUUCUCUGAAACUGCUAUGUUUGCAUCUGAAGGGUUAAAACCUGAGGGACAUUGCACCCAGACCACUUCAUUGAGCUGAAGUGGUCUGGGUGACUAUAGUGUCCCUUUAAGCUGUAGUGGGUCUAGUACCCAUAGUGUUUCUUUAAAAUACAAAGUAUGCUAAUCGUUGCUUACUAUUUGCAAAAAAUACCCUAUAAUUACAGGUUUGUAAGAAGUUAUAGGGUCAAAUGUUACAAUGUUUCUAACUUGUUUCUCAGUGUCAAAUUUUAAAUGUGUGCAUGCACAAUUGAAUGGUGCUAAUUGAAUGUGAAUGUGUGUAGUUGAAACAUGUAUAUAGGUAUGAUGAUGAAUGUGUGUCUGUGAAAUAUGUGUGACUAUUGGUCAGAGAUGACGGGUACGAACCUUGGAAGUAUCUUAUCUCUUACAGGCUAGGUUCCCAAUCCUCUUUAUCGACAAGGUGGUUAAUGAGCUUUCCAAAUAAUUCAUAGUUCAUGAAACACAGCUUAAAAAGAUGUAAUUAUGGAAAGAGGAAUAAGCAAAAAUUCAUCCAAGCCUGCUGUGUGGGUUUGAUAGACAGUUUUAAGUAACAUAUGAUAGUAAUUCCUGCAAAGGGGAUGCUACUGGAUACUGAAUUUAAAGGUCUUCCCCCAAUGACGGUAAGAUGUUCAGUAAGACAUUAACAUUUUGCAUGUUAAUGCUUAUUAUUCAUCAUUUUGGGUAAAUCAACAUCUGGUGAUAUUUUAGAUCAAAGAGUAAUGCAAAAAUGCAAAUAUUUCUGAAAAGUUUGCACUCUUUCUUUUAACACUGUUUCUGAAAUAACUAACAUUUAUUUACAUUUUAAAAAAAAAUUGUUUUCUUGAAGGUCCAGCUUGUAGAUACUGAUGGUCUGGAACAUGAAGUCGAUGAAGCAGAAGACAAUGAUUCACCUGAGCAAAGAGCUCGUAGGCCAAUGAAUGCCUUCCUUUUAUUCUGCAAACGACACCGGUCUCUCGUGCGUCAAGAGCAUCCACGUCUGGAUAAUCGGGGUGCUACAAAAAUAUUGGCAGACUGGUGGGCUUACCUGGACCCUAAUGAAAAGCAGAAAUAUACUGAUAUGGCAAAAGAGGUUAGUCGGUAUUCUCAUAGGGGAAACCAACUGGCAUUAGCCCAAACAUGCUCAUUUCUGUUCCUUAUUUGUGGUACCAUUCUUGGCAUCUGAAAGAAGAGGGUUUGAAUGGACAAGAGGCUGCUUUUUUGUUUUGUUGUGUUUUUUGGUGGAGACAAAUUAGUUGCUUACUUUUAAGUGAUGGACAUGAGGUCUACCCAAUCAUAUCUGCUGUAUCCACUGACCAAUAAAGGAGAAAAAAAAGAGUAGCAGUAAAACCAGUAACCUAACCUGUGCUCCCAUAAGUAUUUGAUUACUUUUUAUGAUGCUGAAAUAUGAGACUUGUAAAUUGCAGCUAUGCUGGGCAUGCAGAUUGUACAGAGAGAAUUCAAGAUUUACCAGAAUCAACGUCAUUACAAAAUAAUGAUUAUAGAAGCAUCUUGUUAACAACAUUUUAUUGGCCUUAAAGACAUUAGGAAUCUCAAACUUUUGGGAGUUCAUUCAUUCAUGAAGUCUAACAGGCUUAUUCAUUGAAAUAAGGAUUUCUAAUUUUAGGUCUAUCGAUAUAUAUAUAUAUAUAUAUAUAUAUAUAUACUGAUAUCAAAAUACACGUAGAACAAAAUAAUAUAUAUAUAGAUCUAUAUACAUAAGUAUAUAUGUAUAUAUCACUAUAUAUACACCUAUAUAUGAAUAAAAAUAAUUUAAAAAAAUUAUAUAUAUAUAAUUGUAUUACAAUGAUUGUAUUAUAUAUAUAUAUAUAUAUAUAUGUGUAUUACAACGAUGAUAUCAUCAGUGAAAGUUAAUUUUUUUUGCAUUUUUCACACACAAAUGGUACUUACACGGAUGAUAUAGUUGUUGUGAUACGUUUUACUGUUUUGAAACACUAAUAUUUGUGUUCAGCGAAGUCUCCCGAGUAUAACAGUACCCCUCAUGUGCAGGUUUAAUGGUGCUUUCAAAAGUUACAGGGUCAAAUAUAAGGCUUGCGUUUCAGUUUUUUCACAUUGAAAUUCGCCAGAUUGGUUAUGUUGCCUUUGAGACCGUAUGGUAGACCAGGAAUGAAAAUUACCCCCAUGAUGGCAUACCAUUUGCAAUAGUAGACAACCCAAGGGAUUGCAAAUGGGGUAUGUCUGGUCUUUUUUAGGAGCCACUUAGUCACAAACACUGGCCAAAAUAUUUCAUACCUAAAUACAGGGAGUGCAGAAUUAUUAGGCAAGUUGUAUUUUUGAGGAUUAAUUUUAUUAUUGAACAACAACCAUGUUCUCAAUGAACCCAAAAAACUCAUUAAUAUCAAAGCUGAAUAUUUUUGGAAGUAGUUUUUAGUUUGUUUUUAGUUAUAGCUAUGUUAGGGGGAUAUCUGUGUGUGCAGGUGACUAUUACUGUGCAUAAUUAUUAGGCAACUUAACAAAAAACAAAUAUAUACCCAUUUCAAUUAUUUAUUAUUACCAGUGAAACCAAUAUAACAUCUCAACAUUCACAAAUAUACAUUUCUGACAUUCAAAAACAAAACAAAAACAAAUCAGUGACCAAUAUAGCCACCUUUCUUUGCAAGGACACUCAAAAGCCUGCCAUCCAUGGAUUCUGUCAGUGUUUUGAUCUGUUCACCAUCAACAUUGCGUGCAGCAGCAACCACAGCCUCCCAGACACUGUUCAGAGAGGUGUACUGUUUUCCCUCCUUGUAAAUCUCACAUUUGAUGAUGGACCACAGGUUCUCAAUGGGGUUCAGAUCAGGUGAACAAGGAGGCCAUGUCAUUAGAUUUUCUUCUUUUAUACCCUUUCUUGCCAGCCACGCUGUGGAGUACUUGGACGCGUGUGAUGGAGCAUUGUCCUGCAUGAAAAUCAUGUUUUUCUUGAAGGAUGCAGACUUCUUCCUGUACCACUGCUUGAAGAAGGUGUCUUCCAGGAACUGGCAGUAGGACUGGGAGUUGAGCUUGACUCCAUCCUCAACCCGAAAAGGCCCCACAAGCUCAUCUUUGAUGAUACCAGCCCAAACCAGUACUCCACCUCCACCUUGCUGGCGUCUGAGUCGGACUGGAGCUCUCUGCCCUUUACCAAUCCAGCCACGGGCCCAUCCAUCUGGCCCAUCAAGACUCACUCUCAUUUCAUCAGUCCAUAAAACCUUAGAAAAAUCAGUCUUGAGAUAUUUCUUGGCCCAGUCUUGACGUUUCAGCUUGUGUGUCUUGUUCAGUGGUGGUCGUCUUUCAGCCUUUCUUACCUUGGCCAUGUCUCUGAGUAUUGCACACCUUGUGCUUUUGGGCACUCCAGUGAUGUUGCAGCUCUGAAAUAUGGCCAAACUGGUGGCAAGUGGCAUCGUGGCAGCUGCACGCUUGACUUUUCUCAGUUCAUGGGCAGUUAUUUUGCGCCUUGGUUUUUCCACACGCUUCUUGCGACCCUGUUGACUAUUUUGAAUGAAACGCUUGAUUGUUCAAUGAUCACGCUUCAGAAGCUUUGCAAUUUUAAGAGUGCUGCAUCCCUCUGCAAGAUAUCUCACUAUUUUUGACUUUUCUGAGCCUGUCAAGUCCUUCUUUUGACCCAUUUUGCCAAAGGAAAGGAAGUUGCCUAAUAAUUAUGCACACCUGAUAUAGGGUGUUGAUGUCAUUAGACCACACCCCUUCUCAUUACAGAGAUGCACAUCACCUAAUAUGCUUAAUUGGUAGUAGGCUUUCGAGCCUAUACAGCUUGGAGUAAGACAACAUGCAUAAAGAGGAUGAUGUGGUCAAAAUACUCAUUUGCCUAAUAAUUCUGCACUCCCUGUAUAUGAUUUUAAAUGAAAGCCCUGUUUGCCCUGAAUAAAAUGAUUUAUAAUAAGUGUGGGUGCACUUAAUAUGAAAGAGGUGAAUUACGGUUGAACAGACAUAUAGCGCAAAUUCAAGGUUUUGUUAACAUUUUGUUUUGAUCACGUAUACAUUUGGCUCAGUCCUUAAGGGGUUAAGAAUAAAUUACACUGUUUAUAAGAACAGUGAGUGCCUUGUUUAUUUGUUAUAUCUUUUCAUCCCAUUUUACAGAUGUUACUUAGCGCUAAAUUCUCCUAGCAAAGAAAGAUGACAGGGGUUUUACUCUCUUCUCAUGAGGUCUAUAUGCUUUAUGAGGAAGCGUUGUUGCAAUGACCUGAUUAUUAUAUUAACAUGUUUUAGCAUUUCUGUUAAUUUUGUAUGAUCUGUGGAAGAGAAUAAUGCUUAUCAUUCGGAAAAUUAAUAGAUAAUUACAGAAAAAGGAAAAAAUUUAUUUUGCCUUAAAUAAUAAAUUAUUAAACAUACUCUGUUUUUUUUUUCUUAAUUAUUGCCAGUGCUUAUAGAGUUAAGAUGACUUGUAAGUUUUUAGCAGUUCAUCAGUAGUAAUGUGUUUUCUGAUCUGAGACUGCAUAAGAAAAACACUUGCAAGUUGCAAAUCAUCUGCUUCUUAUUAACUUAGUUUUCUCAGCAACCUCUUCACUUUCCAUCUUUCUUAUUCUUCUUUCAAUGUAGAUGAAUGUUUGUAUACAUAAUUCUAUAUUAUCCUAAUAUUUUUUACCUUUUAUGCUAUAUUACUAUAUUUUUUUACUUUUAUUCCUGCAUUCUCAUGUUUUUUGAUGUUUGCUAAUGCCAAUGCAUUGCUUAUUGGUCCCAAAAAGCUUCUUCAGUUUUGCUUAGAACUCUGUGACAGUGAAUCAUUGUGUUCUUUUUGUUUCACUUCCUAGUACAAGGAUGCAUUUAUGAAGGCAAAUCCUGGCUAUAAAUGGUGUCCAGCAACUAAUAAACCAGUGAAGACCCCGUCACCAACUGUUACGACCAGGAAAAAGCUCUGGACCUUCCCACCGGAUGCUGUUAAAGAACUCCCAAUCCCCAAGAAAAUAUCAAAAGGAGAGGAAAUGCCCCAGCUUAAUUUUGGCAUAGCAGGUGAGUUUGGGAUAUCAUUAUAAACUGACAAUCCACGUAAAGCCUUCUCUGUCUUAUGAUAAAAUCAACUAUUAUGCCAACUGCACAUUAUGGUACUCAAGGAAUAAAUGUACAACAGUUAUUGACGUUAUAAUGAGUGUUUUUAAGUGUCCUGCUGGUGUUCUCCAGUUUAAUGAGUGCAAUAUUCAUGUAUUUUAUUCAUAACAUUGAUUUAUUCUAGCACUAACCUCUAAUAAAGACUUAUGUCUUUGUGUUAGAAAAUGAUUUGAGAGCAGAGAUAGCAAAUAGUAUUGCAAUAUAAUUGUUUAUUUAUGGUUAUAAUUUUAGCUUGUUUCCAUUUUAAAUGAAAUUACGAAUGUAGACAGAUUAUUAAUUCACAAACAUUCUAAAAGGCAAUUAAAAAUGUUAUAUAAAAUUAUUAUUAUGGGUGUUUGCAAUUGUAGAUCUGACUUCAAUUUCUACAAAGAUAAUAUACAAUCAUUCUUGGUGACCUGCGCAACAGAAUAGCCAUUAGUGUGAUGAUAAUAUGUCAGUGGUUGGAGAUAACUGCUGCCCAGCAUUGAAAGGAUUAUACAGACAAGAAUUUUAGUGAAGCGAUGUAAUAAUGUUAAUAUAUAGAACUAAAAUAGAUUGUUAAAUAAUAAAUAAAAAUUAAUGCAAAUUACACUAUUAAAAAAACGAAGAAUAUGUGCUAAUGCCACAGAGUGGUUGUCAGAGAUUUUCAAGAAACAGGUAUUCAAUCACAGCUUGAGGUCAUUAACGUUAGCUGUUACUGUUUAUAUGAUAAAUUAAGGUUUUUUUUUGUAUCUUAAUUUUCCUCUACACAACUAAUUCUUCUAUCAAUAAAAUAAAAAAAAAUACUUUUUGAGAUGCAUGCAUUAAUAGAUUUAUUAAGUUAUAGUUUUUGAUUAACAAUAUUAAAGCGGUACUGCCGAAAUCGAUUCCUCUUCUCUCCCUCUGUCAGGAUCUGUUCUUCAUUUCUUCCUGUCUGCUCUAGUUUUCUUUAAAACAUAAGACAAAGUAGGGGCUAUUUGUCUUAUGGAGGUUUCCUACGCCUGACCAUCUCUGACCAGCGGAGGAGCAAAGUGUGCUUCAUUUCCGGUGGUCAGAGCAAUUUUCCCAUAAUUCUCACCUUUCCUCAGUGUUCCCGCAAAGCCUUCUGUCACUUUUCCUGAACGUCCUGUCAAUUAGACAGAACGCAGGCAAACUACCGAAUUGCGUCCUAACAGAAUGAGAAUGGUUUCUCCAUUCAUGUUAGGACGCAUUUCGGAACUUUGUUACACUGAUAUCUGUCAGGAAUCCCUGAAUAACCCUUCACUUGUAUAUAUAUAUAUAUAUUUUUUAUUUUUUAUUUUUUUUUAAAGACACCCCAAGGUAUUAAACUUGGGUAUUUUGACUCUUUUCAUGCAAUCAUUUUACCACCAAUCUGUGCCAAAUUUAAAAGAAAAUUAUAAUAAUUGGUGAUUUUUUUGACACACAUUGCAAUUUAAGAAUACAUUUACGGAGAACUUUAGGGGUUACUGCCAAAGAACACCAUGAUUUCAUUAUAAGUGUAUUUUGAGAUAUAAAUGUAUAUACAUCAAAGUACACUUAUAAUGACAUUAUAUAUAUAUAUAUAUAUAUAUAUAUAUAUAUAUAUAUAUAAAAUACUUUAAUUAUUUUAUAAUAUAUUAUACAUAUAUAUGUAUAAUAUAUAUAUAUAUAUUUAUUUAUUUAUUACUUUUUAGCAGCCUGUGGGGACUGACAGCUCAGACAGUCCCCCUGCUGGCAGCUCCUAUACUCCUAUUACGGCAAUGUGAUCAUGGUGAUCACAUGGCCCUGGAGGGCCGGGGUGGCCGGAGCUUCUGCAGGGGAGCUGCUGGGGUCUACGGCAGUCCCCCCGACUGUGAUUGCCGCGGAUCGCUGGCCCAGGGCUCCUAUUUGCCGUGGUCAUUUUUAUAUAUAUUUUUAAUAUAUAUUUUUAGAUAUAUAUAUAUAAUUUCAUUCUAAGUGUACUUUGAUAUUAAUAUAUAUAUAUAUAUAUUAAUAUCAAAAUACAUUUAGAAUAAAAUUACAUAUAUAUAUAUAUAUGUCUUUUUUUUAAUUCUUUUUACAGUUUUUUUACUUUUUUUUACAAUAUAUAUAUAUAUAUAUAUACUCAUUAUAUAUAUUUUUUAUAUAUAUAUAAAUAUACGUGUGUAAUUUUAUUCUAAGUUUAUUUUUUAAUUAAUGUAUGUAUAUAUGACGUUACAUAUAAUAUAUAUAUAUAUUUACAUAUAUAUAUAUAUAUAUAUAUAUAUAUAUACAUACAAGUGAUACUCGAAAAAUUGGAAUAUCGUGCAAAAGUUCAUUUAUUUCAGUAAUGCAACGUAAAAGGGGAAACUAAUAUAUGAGAUAGGCAUUACAUGCAAAGCAAGAUAGUUCAAGCCGUGAUUUGUCAUAAGUGCGAUGAUUAUGGCUUACAGCUCAUAAUAACCCCAAAUCCAGAAUCUCAGUAAAUUUAGAAUAUUGUGAAAAGGUGCAAUAUUCUAGGCUCACAGUUUGUGAAAAGGUGCAAUAUUCUAGGCUCACAGUGUCCUUCUCAUAUCAGCUAAGUAAGCUGUGGGAAACUUAAAUGGUCUCUCAGUCUGGUUCAGUAGGAAUCACAAUCAUGGGGAAGACUGCUGACCUGACAGUUGUGCAGAAAACCAUCAUUGACACCCUCCAUAAGGAGGGAAAGCAUCAAAAGGUAAUUGAGAAGGAAGUUGGAUGUUCCCAAAGUGCUGUAACAAAGCACAUUAAUAGAAAGUUAUGUGGAAGGGAAAAGUGUGGAAGAAAAAGGUGCACAAGCAGCAGGGAUGACCGCAGCCUGGAGAGGAUUGUCAGGAAAAGGCCAUUCAAAUGUGUUGGGGACUUUCACAAGGAGUGGACUGAGGCUGGAGUCAGUGCAUCAAGAGCCACCACACACAGACGGAUCCUGGACAUGGGCUUCAUAUGUCGUAUUCCUCUUGUCAAGCCGCUUCUGAACAACAAACAACGUCAGAAGCGUCUUACCUGAGCUAAAGAAAAACAGACCUGGUCUGUUGCUCAGUUGUCCAAAGUCCUCUUUUCUGAUGAGAGCAACUCUUGCAUCUCAUUUGGAAACCAAGGACCCAGAGUCUGAAGGAAGAAUGGAGAGGCACACACUGCAAUAUGCUUGAAGUCCAGUGUGAAGUUUCCACAGUCUGUGUUGAUUUGGGAAGCCAUUGUGCUUCAUUAAGUCCAGGGUCGACGCAGCCGUCUACCAGGAGAUUUUGGAGCACUUCAUGCUUCCUUCCGCAGACGGGCUUUAUGGGGAUGCUGACUUCAUUUUCCAGCAGGACUUGGCACCUGCCCACACUGCCAAAAGCACCAAAGCCUGGUUCAAUGACCGUGGGAUUACUGUGCUUGAUUGGCCAGCAAACUCGCCUGACCUGAACCCCAUAGAGAAUCUAUGAGGCAUUGCCAAGAGAAAGAUGAGAGACAUGAGACCGAACAAUGCAGAAGAGCUGAAGGCCGCUAUUAAAGCAUCCUGGUCUUCCAGAACACCUCAACAGUGCCACAGGCUAAUAGCUUCCAUGCCACGCCGCAUUGAGGCAGUAAUUGCUGCAAAAGGGGCCCAAACCAAGUACAGAGUCCAUAUGCAUGCUUGUACUUUUCAGAGGUAUGAUAUUGUUCUAUGUACACUCCUUGUUUUAUUGAUUGCAUGUAAUAUUCUAAUUUACUGAGAUUGUGAAUUUGGGGUUUUCAUGAACUGUAAGCCAUAAUCAUCGCACUUAUGACAAAUCACGGCUUGAACUAUCUUGCUUUGCAUGUAAUGCGUCUAUCUCAUAUAUUAGUUUCCCCUUUUACGUUGCAUUACUGAAAUAAAUUAACUUUUGCACGAUAUUCAAAUUUUUCACCUGUAUGUAUACAUAUUAUAUAUUGAUAUAAUAUAUGUAUGUAUGUAUAUAUAUACAUAUAUAUAUAUAUUUUUUUUUUAUUUUUUUUUAUUUAUUAACUUCUUUUUGUUUUUUUUUAAACUUUUUUAAAAAUCUUUCACCAGCAGGCCCCUGGGGGCCCUAAAUCGGAGAGCGGGAACCCCAGACAGUCCCCCCAUAGACAGAUCGCCGCCAUUCCCCCUCCAUUAAGUACAUGGGGAAGGAGAGGGAGGGUAGGGGUUCAAUUAUUUUUCAUUUUUAUUUAUUUAUUUAAUUUUUAAUUAAAGCCUGAUAGCUUCAGAUGCUCUGCCUCACUGCUGGACUCCACGUGGAGCAACACGGAAGUGAACACUUCAGGGGACCAAUUACCUGGUGUUCUCCAGGGGCCACCGGCAGUGAGGGGGGUAUCAGGUACGUCUUAAGGACCGUUUUUUGACGGAUGUACCUGAUACGUCCUUGGUCGGGAAGGGGUUAAUGUACAGGCACUCCCUUGUGUUACUACAGGGCUCGACAAAUCCCAGACACCAGGUCGCCACGGUGUCUAGAAAUUUUGCCCUGGCGCCUGUGAUUUCCGAGCUCUUUAGUUAAGGUGUCCGCCGAGGGAGCUUUGAAGGUGGCCGCCGCGGUGAAUAUUUGACCCGCCAACCAGGGGAGCAUGGAGGCAACAGGACAAGGUAGCAAGGAAGCGGCCGCACACCCUGGGAAGCAUGAAGGCAGCCGGCACGCAAGGGAUCAGUACUCUUUCUGCAGCUCCUCUCUGCUCCCUCGCGCUGUUUUGUGAUGCCGAGAGCUGGAGUAUGUCAGUGUGUGUGUGAGCCUGUCAAGAGUGUGUGUGCGUACGUUUAGCCCCCUGAUCGCAUGUGGAAGGUAGUUUUACUCGCCUUUUUUUCCACAUUGUGACAGUUUUGCCUCAGCUGGUCCCACCUUUAUGGCUGAUGAUCAAACUUUAUGAUAUCAGCUAAGCCAAUGCUUUCCCUGAAGGUGUUAAUAAGCAGCAAUGUAAACACUGCUGUUUCACUGAAAAUACAUGUCAAAUCAAAUGAAAGCCAUUUUUGUCCUUUAAAAACCAGUGUAUAAUAUGUGUUGGUACAAUAAAUGAGAAAAAUGCAAAUUGCAAGUGAACACAAACGGCAAAAAUUACUUGUGUCCUUAAAUGCAAGACAAGCUUCUAAAGAUGUGUCCUUAAGGGGUUAAGGUGCUUAACUGAAAAUAACCAGUAUGAAAUAUUUUAUUCUGUAAUGGAUACUGAAAUGAUGUACCGAGAGACUCCCUUUUUCAUGGCAUUAUAAUUUGUCUACAACUUUGUUUAGUUUUUUUGUUUUUUUUGUUUCUUGAUCAUUUUGUUCUUCUUUGAAACGCAAGCCUGCUCAAUCCUGAUGGUUAUUUUGAAGUGAUUGUAUGUGUGAAUAGGGAAGUAUGUUUGUUAUUGGUGUGUCUGUCUGUAUGUAUGUAUGUGUCUGUGUGUGUGUGUGUGUGUGUGUGUGUAUGUAUGUGUGCCUGUCUGUUUGUAUGCAUGUGUGUUUGUGUGUAUGUGUGUGUGUCUGAAUGUAUGUAUGUGUGCCUGUCUGUUUGUAUGUGUGUGUUUGUGUAUGUGUGUCUGUUUGUAUGGGUGUGUCUACAUGUAUGUGUGUCUGCAUGUGUAUCUGUUUGUCUGCAUAUUUGGGAGGUGGGGACGUGUGGGAGGUAGACGUAUGGGUCUAUUUGUGCCCCAUAGUUUCUAGUUACGCUUCUGUAUGGCAUACUUCUAACACUAUGAUGUUUUGAAGUCAUUAUUUAUUUCACAUGGCACUUUUUUCUUAUUUGGCACUUUAUUAUGUUUUUGAAGUACUUUAAUGUUCAAAUACAGCAGUGUAGUAUGCACAGACACUUUACAUUUUACUACCCUAUUAGCUGUUAUCAGCAUUCACUUUAAGCAACUAAAUACAAUUUGCACACAAGUUUCCAGCAACCUCAUCUGUAUAAAUCUCAUACAUCCAUCCUCAAAUCACUCCGCUUGUUUUAACCCCUGCUCAGAGGCGUAACUAGAAUCCACUGGGUCCCGGUGCGAAAAUUGCCCUGGGGCCUCCCCCUCCUCUGUGUCUCAUUCCCAAGCCCUGGCCCCCCCAUGUGCCUCAUUCCCUCUGCCACACAGCCCCUCCAUGUGUCCUAUUCUCUCUCCCUCCUCAUAUCUUCACCAAGCUAUGCCAAUUCUAUUUAACAUGUAUAUCUCAAUUUAUAAUUUGUUUUUAUUGUUUAUUCUCAAGAUCCAACACAGAUGGGAGGUCUCAGUAUGCUGCUUCUAGCGGGUGAACAUGCGUUGACUGCUCAUGAGGAUCAUGCCGUGGACACACAUGUAGAAAGCUCAAUGACAGAGGUUAAUUUCAAUAUGAUAUAUUAAUUGAAUUAUGGGAAUAACUGUUCUGACUUUAUGUUAUAGUUUUUUUUUUUUUGUUUGUUUUUUUGUUUACUUCUUUUUAUUUUUCACAAGAAUAUUAAUACACAAAGACAACACACAAGGGAGGGAACCUUACAGAAAGAAGAAAUAGGGAUUCCGAUCCACAUAAAACAAACAUAAAUACAAAGUUCAAUUUCAAAUUUCAUCAAUAAGCCGUCUGGGGCACAGUCUAAAAACAAUCUGAAAACAUUAACAUCCCGUCGCCUGUGUGUCAUGGUCCACACACGACUUAUACAUUCCCUUAAAAAUAUAUUUAAACAUAGACAGAAACACAGACAUAACUGGUCAUAUGUGUUGCAGAUAAACGCAAUUCAAGGCCAAGGAGACUGAUAGAGGAACCCCCAAUGGAGACAACGUACCAACCGUAAGGAAAUCAUACACAAAGCCCCACGAAAUCAUAUACCUUAAAGCCUCUUAACAUUUUGGACAAGACUAGAAUAAAACGACAGAGCCUUAGCAUUAGAAUAUUCUCUCAUGGACAGUAAUCCCUUUUCCAUCUCGACUUGGAAUAAAAGUUGUACUUUAACUUGAUCUCUCGUAGGGAUGUCAAUACUUUUCCAAAAUCUAGCAAUUAAUAUUUUAGUAGCCAUUAAGCAGUGUGUAAUCACAAUGUCGAAAUUAUCCUUUAUUUCUGAGCCAAAAAGAUGGAGUAGAGCGAUUUCCGGUUUAAAUUCCAAAUAAGAACCUCCCAAUCUGUUUAUAAAUUUGUAUGCAAUCAUCCAGAGAGAUUUAAUUCGGUGGCAUGACCACCAUAUAUGAACCAUUGAGCCAUCAGGAUGAAAACAUCGCCAACAGUUUGACGUUAGUAAUAGAAAUAGUAAUAGAAAUUUUAGCAAGUCUAAUAGGGACCAAAUACCAUCUAAAAAGCACCUUCAAAAAGGUCUCUAAAAUAUUCAAACAAUGGAUAAUUUUUUUAGUCCUUACAAAAGAUUUACACCAACUAUCAAAUGGAAUAGAAAUUGUUAGAUCGGUUUCCCAUUUAGUUAAAGCUUUAGGGAUAAGAGAAGACCCUAUCAUCUUUAUUAAUUCAACUGCAAUAGAGAAAACCCUUUUAACAGGAUCCCCCGAAAAAUUUUUCCUAAACAUUAUUCCAAGUCGGCCUUCUAGGACCAAUAUAUUAUCUUUCAAAUAGCUCUUAAUACGGAGGAAAUUAAAUAGUUCUCUAGGGGGUAAAUCCAACCAAUUUUUCAAAAUCUCAAAACUUUUCAAUUGAUGGUCCAAAUAGAGAUCUUUUAUCUUAUAAUUAAAGUUUUUAUACCAAUUUGUCAGGUUUAUCUCUAGCAUGAAACUUUCCAACGACUUCAAACUCAGAUUCUCAUAUAUUUUUCUAUUAAUAUUCAACUUCCUCUUUAAGGUCGUCCAUUCUUUUAAUGUCUGAAAUAAGGACAAAGGACAGUCAGAACCCAUCUCACACAAAUGCCUGUUCUGACUUGCCUCUCUCCAUAAGAGAAAUUCGAGGUUGUCUAGACCAAGUCUAGCAGCUUCAAUUUUAUACCAGGCUUGGUCUAUAGAGUCGGUUAGCUGUAAUUUGCUGGCAUGAACUAAUAUAUUAGCCUGAUAAAUUUGAUUAACAAGGGGGUAGCCCAACCCCCCCUGAAAGGCCUUCCUUGAUAAAUGAUACGUACUAAUCCUUGGUCUCUUCCCUCUCCAGACAUACGCUGUAAUACUGGUUUGCAACAUAUUCAGCCAAUAGCUCGAAAUCGAGAGAGGAAGCAUACUAAAUAAGUAUGCCCAUUUAGGUAUUAUAUAAGCUUUAAUGGUAUUAAUCCUACCCAACCAGGAAAUUUCAUGCACUCUCCAUUCCCUCAAUAACAUAUUGGUCUCUUUUAACAACUUCAAAAAAUUGGUUUCCAUAGUCCGGCUUAUCUCUGCCGUUUUUACCCCCAAGUAUAUAAACUCUUUUUUUGUCCAAUUAAAAUCAAAGUCUCUCUUUAGGGAGAAUAGAUUAUCUUUAUGAAUAUUAAUUGACAUAGCUAUUGUUUUAUUCGUGUUCAAUUUAUAAUUUGAAACACUACUAUAUUUAUUAAAUUCUUGCAUUAAGUACGGAAGAGAAACCAGAGGGUCCGUAAUGGAAAUCAAAAUAUCGUCAGCAUAUAGACAUAUCUUCCAUUCAUCGGAUUGAGUUCCUAUACCUUUAAUCCCAGGAUUUUGUCUAAUAUUAUUUGCUAGUGGUUCAAUUGACAAGAUAUAUAAUAAAGGUGAAAGAGGACACCCCUGUCUCGUCCCAUUUUUAAUAUUAAACCAAUCAGAACAUAAAUCGCGGGCUACUAUUCGAGCAGAAGGGUUUGAAUAUAUAGCUCCCACCGCACUCAGAAACCAUCCGUCAAAACCGAAUUGUAUCAAAGUUUUAUUCAAAUACCCCCAUCCGACCCUGUCGAAGGCCUUUUCUGCAUCCACCGACAGGGUCAGAAGGGGGGUUCCCUCGGCUUGAGCCCAUUCUAUAAUAUCUAGAACCCUGCGGGUGUUAUUAGAGGAAUGUCUUCCCUGUAUAAAACCUAUCUGGUCCCUGUGUAUGAGUGAUGGCAUAACUAUUUUCAGACGUUCCGCUAAGAUUGCGGCGUAAAGUUUCAUAUCAACAUUAACCAGAGAGAUAGGACGAUAAUUACUCACGUCAUCUGGAGUUUUACCCUGUUUCAAAAUUGGAGUAAUAUGGGCAAUAGUUUGACAAAUAAGUAAUCAGUGUUCCGUGAAGCACUUUUGCUAAUAGUAUAUUUCCAUUUAACACUGAGCGUGUUUGUGGUGGCAUAAAAACAAGCUGAGGAGUGACCGAAGGGACUUAAAGGGACACUAUAGUCACCCAGACCACUUCAGCUCAAGGAAGUGGUCUGGGUGUCAGGUCCCCCAGGUUUUAACCCUUCAGAUGUAAACAUGUUUACAUUGCAGGGUUAAUCAUUGUUUACAUUGCAGGGUUAAUCCAGCCUCUAGUGGCUGUCUUCCUGACAGCCGCUAGAGGCGCUUCUGCGAUGCUGGAUGCGAAAAUCACAUUCAGCAUGCCUAACGACUAUAGGAAAGCAUUGAGAAAUGCUUCCCUAUGGACUGUUUGAAUGCGCACGCGGCUCUUGCCACGCAUGCACAUUCUGUUCCACUCAGGAGCUGAUGACAGCGGGGGAGGAGAGGUCACCCGACGCUGGAUAAAAGUAAAUGGCUGAAGGGGUUUUAACCCCUUCAUCCCAGCGGGAGGGGGACCCUGAGAGUGGGGGGGACCUAAGGGUUAUAUAGUGUCAGGAAAACAAGUCUAUUUUCCUGACACUAUAGUGAUCCUUUAAUUUAAAAGGACACGGUUUGCACUAUAACCAUUUUUUUAAUCUAACUGAAAUGGUUCUAGAGCCUGUAGUCCCCUAGCACUGUCUCUGCAAUCAGUAUUUCACAAUUUUUAAACAGUUUACCAGUAAUUAUGUCCCUACUGUGGUAUGCCCAGCAAUGGACAUGAUGAUUGUCUGAAAGCAUUCCGCCGCUGACACUCUCUGCCAGUUACAGCAGCCCAUUGCUUCUUGGGAUAAUGCUUCCCCAUUAGCCCAGGCAACACAGAAUGGAUGGGCUGUUCCCAGCUUUCGUUCAGCAUUAAAACAUUACAAACUAUUCAAUGAAACCAGGGGACUCCAGAUACAAUAGGAGACUCCAGAUACAAUAACCAUGAUAACCAGAGACAAGAAAUAAGAGCCAUUAACCAGGCUGGUAAAACACUCAUCAGGUGCGUGACUAUACAAGAGUAAAUCCCAAAAUAGAGUACUCUGCUUAUCAAUUUUGAAUAGUACUCAUAAUUAAGAAGAUCCAGAUCUAUUUCUCAGCUUAUCUGAAGUCUUAGUAUUAUUAGUUAAUCCAGCCCCCUUGAGUAGACUUGAGAGUGCAAUUUGCCUUUAUUUUCAGUAUGUAAUAUGCUACAGUAUAUAUAGGUAGCUUUAUUUACCAUGUUAAAGAGGCUCUAAGCACCAGAAACACUACAGUUCUAAUGCAAAGAGAUAAUCCCUGCAGGCUCAGCAGUAUAAACAGAAAAUAUUGUGUUUACAUUGCUUGCUAACACCACCUCCUUUUAUGGCUGUCACUCGGGACAGUCACCACAGGGAAUUCCUAGAUGAGAUCCCGCAAAAACUGCAGGACCAACAUUCAGUGUCUCCACUCUCUACAUCUAGAUGCUAAAUUCAAUGCAUCUCUAUGUGGAAAUGUUGAUUGGAGCAUAUGGGGAAGCAUUGGAUUGGCUGAGAUCAUCAGUAUCGAUGAGGUCAGCCAGUGGAGGCGAGGGAUUAAUGGUAAGCAAAAUCCUUUGUUUUCUUACUUCCUUGUGGGCCUUAACAGCUAAAUAGGUAGGCUUACACUCUAGUGUAGUGAAUACAUGUUUGUAUUCCUAAUGCUAUAGUGUUCCUUUAAUCCCUUAAGGCUUUUUAUACCAACACACAUUGUAAAAUGUGAGCUAUGGGUCUGUUCAACCAUAAUUCAACUGUAUCAUAUUAAGUGUACACACACUUAUUAUAUAUCAUAUUGUUUAGGAGAAAUAGAGCUUUCAUUUCAUAUCAGAUAUGUAUAUAUGAAACAUAAUUUAAUAUGAAUAAAAACAAAAAAAAAAAGUGUGAAAUUAAAAAAGUGAGAAAUUAAGACAUGCGCAUGCGCAUUAGGUCUCCCUGGCCUGUGGGCGGGAUCUGUCUCGCCCACCGGCCUACGCAGUCAGAAGGAGGAGCGGCGCGGAGGGAGAAGCAGCGACGUGGGACAUCGUUGCUGCCUCAGGUAACCGGGGAUUGGGGGGUUGGAGAGAGAGGGAACCUCCAGUGCCAAGAAAACAGAUUGUUUUCCUGGCACUGGAGUUUCCCUUUAAGCAAUGUAGUAUGCACUUUAAAGAUGCAAUUACAGAAUGUAUAGCAUUUGGGUGAUAAGUUUGAAGAUUCCUUAGUGGAAUCUUUUAGAAUGAUUCAGGGCUUGGACACAAUGUAAUGAGUGCUGCGUAACUAAAAGUGUUGAAGAAAAUUGAAAAUAUCUAAAAGAAAUAACUAGGUUAUUUUUUUAAGGAAAAUUUAACUGCAGAGAUCUCUUUCUAAAAAAAUAUAGUCCACAAACACAUGUGUUAUAAGAGGUCAUAUGAUAAAAAUGGGAGCCAGAAAUAAACAGAAAAAGGGUUUAACACUCACAGACCUAUACAUAGUCCUCUCAAAAGAGAAUGAGAUAAAUAAGAAAAAUUAUUCUGAUGUAAAGGCCAACCUAAAGAUGCUCAAUCAGAUCUACUACUCCAAAGGAAAUAGAGCAGGCAACAUUUUGACAGCUAAGCUAAAAAAAACAGACGGCUGGCCAUAGAAUAUAUAAAAUAUCAAAUAAAGAGGGAACCAUAUAUUCCCCCUUAAAAACCACUAAAGCAAAUCAAGAGAUCCAAGAAUAUCUAGAAAAAUGUGGACAACCAAGUCUAACAGAAGAUCAAAUCAUGGAUCUAAACUACCAGAUAACAGAAGAAAUAGGAUUAGGAAUAGAUAAAAAAAAAAAAAGCCCCUGGACCAGAUUGAUCCUCUGGAAUAUUUUAUAAGACAAUGAAAGCUGAUAUAUGCAAACAUCUAGCAAAAUAAUUUAACAGCUUCUCUAAGAGAGAGGCAAAAUAACCUCAGAAUUACUUCAGGGAAAUAUAAUACCAAUACUAAAAAACAAUAAAGAUCCAUCUCAGAUUGAAAACUACCGUCCUAUCUCAUUUAUAAAUGGGGUUAUAAAUAUCUAUUCAACCAUUAUAGCCGAUAGAUUGAAAUCCAUAGUUCCCUCUUGGAUCCAUACUGAACACGUAGGGUUUGUCACUGGAAGACAACCCUCAGAUAAUAUACGUAGAGUAGUAGAUCUGAUUAAUCUCUCUAACAGAAGAACUGACCAGACUAUAUUAUUAUCAUUAGACACAAAUCAAGCUUUCGAUCAGGUUAGUUGGAACUUUAUGGUUUAAACAUUAAUUAGGAUGGGUUUUAAAAGAUGGAUAUUACAGGCAAUACUGGCUCUUUAUACUAACCCUUAAGCAAGGAUAAUCGGAUUGGGUAUUGUUUCUCCUUGGUUUAAUGUUUGAAAUGUGACUAGGUAGGUAUUCCCCCUCUCUCCCAUCUUGCACAUUCUCACCCUGGAGCCUCUAUCCCAAUUUAUUAGAAUGAACAACAUUAAAGAAAUACAAUUUGGUAACAAGUAGGCAAAAUUAAGUCUGUAUGCAGAUGAUGCAGAUUGACCUUAAGAGAUCCCCAAAACUCGAUCUAUUUUUUACUUAAAGAAUUAGAAUCACAAUUAAUAAAAACUCAGAAAAGCUUUAUGGAAGUUAAAUUGAGAGGAAAGAAGCCAAGGAUUAACCGAAAGCUACUAGAGAAAAGCACAGAUAAUGGAGGUUUAGCAAUUCCAUAUUUCUAAAUGUAUAAAUAUAGGAUCUAAUGAGUGUUGGCAAGAUAUUGAAAAAUACAUGUUGGAGUUAUCAGACCUGUCUCUUUUGUUAUAGAUAGAUCCUAUUAAAAUAGGGAUAGACAGGACUAGAGGUAGACUUGGCGGCAAAAACAACCUCCGUAAUCAAAUCUUAAAAUUCUGGUACAAAUUUAAAUCAGAAUAUAAGCUGGGCUCCACCCCUCAGACAUCCACUAGAGGUGCUUCCUGGUGCAGCACUGAUGUUACGCUGUGCAUAAAAACGCUGAACGCAUUGCAUCUCUGUGAGGAGAUUCUGAUUGGCCAGGAAGACCCCCUUGCCUUCCUCCUUGGCUGAGAUCAUCAGAAUCGACUAUAUCCACCAAUCUAAUGCUUUCCAAUGGCAAAACAUUGUGAUUGGCUGAGAUCAACAAUUCUGAUGUCAGCCAAGUAGGCAGAUGGAGGGCACUGGAAAUAAGGUGCAUUUUUACUAUAUUUAAGGGGGGCAAGCGGGAGCUAGGGGGACUAAAUAGUGUUUUUAACAUUACAGGUUCAGGAAUACACAUUUGUGUUCCUGACCCUAUAGUGUUCAUUCAAGUGUAUAUGUAAAGCCAAUACAGAAAAUAUAUAUUGAAAAAUAACAAAUCCAGUGAGCUCUCUGUGAAUCAUACAGUUUCUUUUUAUUCAAGGUGUCUUCCAGUGCAAGUUUGUCAAAGGAUUCAAAUUCUUCAGAGUUGAUCAGGAAGUCUGAAUUAUUUCAGUUUGCUGAGGUAUGCAUAUUUUAUAUUUUCAUGGAAUGUGUCUACUAAUUGAUGUAAAUGUGCCUAGUCUAUAUUAAUUUUUAUUUUAUUUUAUUAUUUAAAAGUUUGAAUCAGCAUAAAGUUGUGCUCAAACGUUUGCAUACCCUAGCAGAAGUUGUGAAAUAUUAGAAUUUUUUUUUAUUUUAUUUUUUUAAAUAGGACUGAUCAUGAUAUGAUCAGAAAAUGUCUUUUAUUGAAGGAUAGUGAUCAUAUGAAGCCAUAUUUUAUCACUAUUUUAUAGUUGUUUUGGCUUCUUUUUAAAUCAUAAUGAUAAUGGAAAUCACCCAAACGGCCCUGAAAAGUUUACAUACCCUUGAAUGUUUGGCCUUGUUACAGACAGACAAGGUGACACACCUUGUUAAUGUUAAUUUCCCACACAUGUGGCUUUUUAAAUUGCUAUCAGUGUCUGUGUAUAAAUAGUAAAUUAGUUUCUUAGCUCUCAAGUGGAUGCACUGAGAAGGCUAGAUACUGAGCCAUGGGGAGCAGAAAAGACUGUCAAAAGACCUGCGUAACAAGGGAAUGGAUUUUUAUAAAGCUGGAAAAGGAUAUAAAAAGAUAUCCAAAGCCUUGCAAGUGCCAGUCAGUAUUGUUCAAUCACUUAUUAAGAAGUUGAAAAUGCUGGGAUCUCUUCAUACGAAGCCAAGGUCAGGUAGACCACAAACAAUUGUAUCACAAACAAUUCUUCAGGCCACAACUGCCUGAAGAAUUGUUUGUGAUACAAAGAAAAACUUGCAGGUAACCUCAGGAGAAAUACAGGCUGCUCUGGAAAAAGUCGGUGUGAUUGUUCCAAGGAGCAGAAUACGACAAUAGUUGAACUAAAAUGAGCUGUGUGAUUUGAGUUGCCAGAAAGAAGCCUUUACUGCACCAAUGCCACAAAAAAAGCCCAGUUACAAUAUGUCCGACAAGGCCUCACAGCUUUUGGCACACUGUAAUUUGUAGUGACGAGACCAAAAUAGAACUUUAUGGUCACAACCAUAAGAGCUAUGUUUGGAGAUGGGUCAACAAGGUCUACAGUAAAAAAAGAAUACCAAUAUUCAGAUAUUGAUCUUUAUCUAUAGCAUGUCUGAAACUCAGAACAGACCUUGAAUUGUAGACUGCUAAAAUUGUUUUCAGUUACUUCUAUAGAUACACAGCCAAAAUGUACCUCCUCAUUUGAAAGCCUUAAAAUGUGUACAAUAUAUUUUAUAAGUUUUUUUUUUUUUAAAUCGUUUAAUCGUCAAUAACAAGUUAUUGAUAAUUACAUAUUAUUUUAAGAUUUCUUCCAGCACGUCACAAUCGGAUGUCCAGCCUUCUGCUAAGCAAUGUGAGAAGUCAGCACUGUUUCAGUUUGCUGAGGUAGGAAACUUUAAAAACUAAAAAAGACAGAGGGCAAUGUAGAUUAUUGCAAAAAUCCCAGCACCAGAAAUACAUUUUAAAGACAGGAUCAGCCCUUUUCCAAAAUUUGUAGAUUAUCUGAAAAUGAAAUAAUUUCAGACAUAUAUUAAAGGGGCAUAGAAGCAAUCACAAAAUAGUAAUCCAUAAAUCACAGGAAAACUAGAGUGUGAUGGAGUUACAGAAUAGUACUAGCUGCUCCUGUGAACAUAAAUCAGUAUUUCAUGCUCGUAGUGCUAUGGAAAUUCUUUGUACAUUACCUGCCUGUAAAGGUAUCUUGCCAGAGGCAACUAGUCACUGAUAUAAAUCUUGUGAAUUUGCCGAAAAUGUAAGCUCCCUCCUUGCUUCCAAACAGUACAGGAAGUUUCAGGUGUCGUGUCAUAUUAUUCCUACAGGGGUGGGAGGAGGUAAUGGACUCUGCCAUUUCUCUUAGCAUUACAUUAGCAGUCCAGAGAUUUCUAAAGGUUGUAAGUACACCAAAACAACUUAAUUAAGCUAAAGUUGUUUUGGUACUUAGAGUGCACCCUGAAAACUCUUUAAAUUAUAAUAAAUAAUGUGCUGCCUAUAGUCAUAUUGGUCUACCCUGCCGUGUUCUUCCAUGUUAGUUUUGUGUAAAAAUAAGCAAGAAGGUUCCUCAAGGCAACUGGGAUUUAUAAAUGUGUAUGGCUGCGCCUCAUCUUAUACAAACCAAUGAUCAACACUCCUUUUUAUUUAAGUAUAUACCCUAAAAAUCAAAUAAAGGAAAUGGUGACCAGUUGAGCAAUAUGAAAUGAACUACUUUGGUGUGUAUCAAACCUAAUCUUCUGGUGCGGUUUAGGAAUUGAAGUGAGCUGUGAUGAUAUUUGACCAAAUCUAAGUUUGGAUUUAGAGCUGGCUGUAUUUAUUCCUAUUAAUGCAAUGCUUAUUCUAAAUGUCAGUUUGUUAUAGAACUGAAAUGUAACAAUUACUAACCCAAGUGGCAUACUUUCACCCACUGUAGAUCUCAUCAAGCCAGUAUAAGGGAAGUAUGUUGUUUUACAUGAGAGAUUUGCUUAGUUGUAAAAAAUUAUUUAUAACACUGCUCCUAUCCCGAUAUUGAACACAUUUAAUGUCAUAUAACAAUUUAUUCUUCUUUAUUUUCUUUCUAGAUUUCAUCAAAUACUUCACAGAUUAGCAGCCCCGAACUGUCAAAAUGUGGUGGGAAAACAGGACUUUUCCAUUUAGCAGAGGUAACCCAACAAUGUAUAGAUGUGCUCAAAUAAAUACCAUAAGCAUAAGGGUAACAAGAGCAUUUACAAAAUACACAAUGAUCACCGUGUAAAAUGAAAAAAAUUCAAUAAAAACAUAUGUAUGUUGUACAGGUUCAUAAAUAAUAUAGUAAGUUAAUAGAUGUCAAUAGUCACAUAAGGUGCAACAAUUGUUAUUUGGUAAAAUGUUGUCAUUAAAUAUAUACACACAUACCACAACCACUGACACCAAAGCAGCGAGGGGAAUUGCAUACUGAGCACAGUUAAAUAUUGGCCUCUCACAGAAAAUACCACUCCUGAUACACAAAAUGUGAUACACAAAUAAAGAGAUACAGCCAACCUAUAGAGGAAUAAAAAAAACAACACAAUAUAAAUUGUUUAGAUCUUCCUAACAGAUUUUUCAGACAGCAUGGAUCCUGGUGUCACUCUAGAAAUAAAGUGCAAAAAUGAUUGUGCAGAAUGUUCUCUCUUCCAUAUAAAAAGAUAUUUUAUUGUGCGUAACUUAGUAAAGAAUUUGAUUUAUUGGAAUUCUCUGAGGUAUGGCAUGGCCAUAUCAUUUAUUCAUCCAAUUAGGUGAAGUUAUUCACAAUAUGCUAUGAAUUCUUUACUAUACAUUACCUGCAAGCAUGUCAUUAAAUUUGCUUGUGCUGCUCAGAACAAAUACAGUGCCCUUUUCUCAUACUAGAGCUCUUCAGCAGGGCGCAUGGGCUACUCUGGAAGACCAUUGAACCGACAUGCUCACUUUGAGAGGGGGCAUGCUUGUCAUUGGUAAUGACAAAACACCCGCCUCACAGGGUCACUGUAAUUAAAACAUGCCUGGACCGAUUUUUGUUCCCAGUCCGCCUAGCUUGCAAUAAAAUAUAUUUUUAUUUGGAAUAGAGAAUGUUCUGCACCAUAUUUUUUCCACUUUAUUUCUAGUGUGAUAUCAGGAUCGUUGCUGUCUGAAAACAAACAAAAAAGUUUUUUUUCUGAGACAUACUUAUAUGAUUGAUCUACCUAGUGAUUUUUGAGUGCAAUACUACAACAGCGUUAUGCUAUGUAGCUUUUUUGUUUAGGUUGGCUGUAUCUUUUUUUUGUGUAUGAAAAUAUUGUUAUUAGCAGACAGAAUCUAGUGAAAUCAUUUUAACUAGCAAAGGGUAAACCCUCUUGUUAUGCUAUAAAGUAGAGGAGAAGGGAAAAAUGUGGUAGCAUUCAAAAGUAAGUAUUUUUCAAUGCACUAUGUAUCUAUAUGUAAAAAACUGAAAAGAUACGGAUUGGCUUUGAGUUUCCAUUAACCACCAGCAUCUCAUUAAUAACACAAUUUUAAUUACACUAUUGUGCCUCCUACCACCUCACUCCUCCAGGCAUCUGUUUACACUCUCCACAAAAUGAGAGAGCUCUAAACACGUAUUUAGAAAUGAAAACAACAAUAACACGUUUACAUUUAUUAUCUAUAAUAUAUGUGUUUCAUUAAAAAACAUUUCACAGUAGAUUACAGUCUAAUAUGAUAGUUAUUAGUAUUAAGGACAGCAGUAGCCUUGAUGAAGGUUUGCUGUGUGGUACAGAUCAAUAACUAUAUGAGCUGAUUGUGUUUUACAGUCUCUGACCUGAGAAAUGUGUCUAGUCUUAACUAAAUUUGUGCACAUUCAGAGUUAUUCACUAAACACUGGAUAUGUCUGGAUGGGCAGAAAUCUAGUGAAAAUCACUGAAUUCCGCAAUGGCAAUUCUCAUUUUUACUAAAGCCAGAUAUGGUUGAAAUUUUGUUGGCCCAAGUGAAUCGGCAGCAAUUGCUCGAAUGCAUUUAAUGUUCUGAUUAAUAUCAGGGCAUUCACAUCCAAACCCUCUACAAAAUAUAUAGGUGUGAGUAUAUCUAUUAAAUACUUAAAUCCAGUGACUAGGGCCUGUAAAGCAAGGAGAGGAUCAUAGUCUUCCAUGUGCCCCUGCCAAUGAGAUCACUGUCCACUCGCCUGUCCACACUCAUAGGGUGGGUGCUAAUCAGUUUAAAAAAUGGAAGGGGAGGGUGGACAUACCUUAUGUUACCACUUGCCCCACCUAUGGUCAGGGGGUGGGGCUAUUGUAAUAUGCCAAGUGUCCCACCCUAUUCCUCACCCUUACGGUUGGAUAAGAGUUCAAAAAUGUAAAAAAAAAAAAAAUGGGGGGAUUGGGGCCAAGUGUCAUUAAAUUCAGGGCACUCUAAUAAGAAUUAAACGUGUGGGAAAGUGUAUAUAAAGGCUUCUCCCACUUUAAAGCCUCAUUCAGCAUGGAACCCUAGCAAGGCAAGAUUUUUAUAUAUGUCCUUUUUUGGGACUAAAUAUAAGAUAAGAAAGAAUACUUUACACAGUAAUACAUUUUUUUAAUUUUUUUCUUUUUAUUAAUUUUAAUAUCCUCCCCUUAUUAUUAUUAGGUUGAGUGGAUAGGUAGGGUGUUCAUUUAUUUGAAUAGAAGUGCCUAAGGGAUUGGUAGACAAUGUCAAUUUUUGGAAGGUGAGCAAUGGCAUGUCCACUUUCUCCACCCCAUUGUAUAUUAUUUUUAGAGCUCCCUCCCACUAUCUUUUAUUAUUUGGAUUUCUCACCUCCCGCUAAUGGGUGUGCACAGUAGUUCAUCCCCCACUCCAACCCACAUCAGUUACAUAAUAAUAGCCGUGGGUGGGGACUAAUUACCAUGUCCACCACUACGGAAAGGAUGGUGGACAGUGAUCCAUAGGGGAGAUUGUGUCCUUCCUCUUAUUUUACGUGCUUUUCAACUGCUAAUUUUAAACAUGUAAUAGAUAUGCUCCCAGCUGCCACAUAUCAGUUGGGGGUUUAAAACCUUUCUUAUAGUAAUAUGGGGGGGGGGUCUAAUUGACCCAGGGUUUUUGUUAUUUAUUUUACUCUAAUGUAGCAUUGGGCUAGCAAACACUGGCCAGUCUCCACAUAAUUAACCCUGAAAUUGCUGUGGGUUUUAAUUAUCCAAAUAACACUGUAUGCAGCGGAUGUUUUUUCCUCGUUCGGUAUGGGGCCAUUUGGACUUUAGUGAAUAACGCUGUUAGUCUUUAAAGGGUUGCUCUAAGUACCAACUCAACUCAGCAAAAUCGCAAAGUUGAAGACAUAAAGGGUACCCCAUGCAGCCAUUUGUAAAGAUUGCCACAACUCUAUCACAGCUCCCUCAGAGUUUCAUUAACCAAAUAUCAAUUUUGUUCAAGUACUGCAUGCACAUGGUAGGGGGGUAAUUUUCUUUCUUUAUUUUUCCUUUAAUUGUCAGUUAUAUCACAGACAAUGUUUUGCAUAUGUAAGUGUCAUCUGUUUAACUGGCUUAUCCAUUUGAUUAAAAUAAAUUGUAGAAUCGAAAAUCUAGUUCGAUUAAAAUGUAUCUGAAAGUAUAUAGGCUGAAUUAUCUUAGCAUAGUAAGGGUUUACUUAGGUUACCGAAUACCAAUUCCUUCACUGUUGUCUAUGGGUAACUUGCUUAGAAAAGUAAUCUUUUACUUUUCUAAGAGAAUCCAAUAUAAUGUAUUUAAAAACCGUACAUAGUGGUCAAUCUGUACUUAGAAGUUUUGUUCAGUAAUAGCCAUUUAGAAACAUUUUAUUGCAUCUUAAUAUUUCUUUUAUUCGUAUGACUGUUGUAUUUGUUGAUUUUGGGUGUAGAUUUCCUCAAGUACAUCACAUUCCGAUUCACCUGCAUCAGCAAAACAGUGUGGGACAUCAGCAUUGUUUCAACUUGCAGAGGUAAUAACUGGACUAAUAUAAAAUCGAUUUGAUUUAAAGAAAACUAUAGGCAAAAGAGGACCCACAUGUUUUUCCAACAUUUUUUAAAUGAUACACAGCCACAACUUAAUGUGUUAGGGAAAACAGACAGUCAUUCACAUUCUCAUUUAAUUCAAUAUUUGGAUUUUUAUAAAGAAUGCUAUUGGCAAGCUGAUAGAUUUUUGUUGAUAACUCCAAAACAUGUGGGCUUCUAGAAUCCUCUACUAGUAUUUGAAAAUGGCAUCAAGUGCAUAAACAAUAGAUUUCAGAUGUUUUUGUUACAGAACUCGUAAAAAUCAUUAGUAAAUUUAUCUGCCAUGGAACCUUGCUAAAGCAAAUACUUCCUACUUAGUAACCUUGUAUCGUAGGAGCAGAUAAAGCACUACAAGUCCUCCCACUGACCUAGAUAUGAAUCUGAAAAUCAUCUUUUAUUUUAUUACAAAUUUAUUUCAUGACAUAUACAUUAUUGAUCCUGUUUUUUUUUUCCCAGUCAUAUUAAUUUGUGUAUAUAUAUAUAUAUUUUUUAUAUAUAUAUAUAUAUAUAUAUAUAUAUGUGUGUGUAUAUAUAUGUAUAUAUUUUUAUAUAUAUAUUUUUAUAUAUAUAUAUACACCAAAAGAGUUGUGGUGGGGAAAAAAGUGUGGAUGAAAACCCCUUCCACCUGAAGUAAGUGGAUAGUUAAUACAUUGCUAAACACCAAUACAUAUACCAGUCAAGCCAUAAGACUUGCUUUUCCCACAGAAAUCUCACUUUAACAGUGCUCUUGCUUUAACUUCCCCGAACAUAGACAAACGCACCAGAGCAGGGAAUCUCUCUAAUCUAUGCUCGUGGAAAUUUCCCCGAACAUAGAUUAGAGGGAUUACCUGCUCUCGUGCGUUCGUCUUUGUUCGGGAAACUUCUAAACUAGACAAGCGCACCAGAGUAGGGAAUCCCCACAACUGUUCACACUUACGCCUGGUCGUAAGUGCGAGCCGUCGUAAAACAGGUAGGUCGCUAAAUGAGGACCACCUGUAUGUAUGUAUGUAUAUAUAUAUAUAUAUAUAUAUAGAUAGAUAGAUAGAUAUAUAGAUAUAUACACACACACCAUAUUUGUGAAAGUUUGAAAAGUAUGAAACCAGGAAGUGAGGGAUCUCUUGCAACUAAGCUCUCAUGUGGGAAACUAGGGUAAAUGUUAUUCCCUGAUAUUUAAUGCAAUAAAAAAGCACAUAAUGUAAAGGUUUUCAUGGUGCACUGGUGCAUUGAGUUUGUCACAGUAAGUUUAAUGCACAUAUGGGCUAGUCAUGAGUAAAAAAUAAAGCUGGUGUGUUCUAUUAAUAACUGUGUCCUGGUUGAUUUAUUCAGGGAUCCUUGUAAUAGUGUCUUUGGGCCUGUAGGCUGACUGCUUGGUCCCUUAUUCGGGCUUUGUCUCUGAUUUACAAGUUACAAUGGGAUAGGUCUGAGAGCCAAAAGUACCUUUGUAAAGGCAAUAACUGGUCAGUGUUUAGGCAGGGGUGUUAAUACAUGCCUGAGAGAGGAACAGAAGAAGCAAAGGCAGAAGGGACAAUCCCUGCCUAGAACGAGAGUAUCCUGGUCCAGGGUGAAAGAGGUCCUCAGCGACCCCAGUCACGCUUCUGCAUCUGUGGCUGAAGCAUCCCAGUGUUUUGGAUCAAAGAAAACUUUGAUAAUUUGUCUAUCUACUCCUUCCAAAUUGAUUAAUUAAUGCGUGCACGCUUUCCCUAGAAGUAAUUCACACCGGAGACAAAGUUUCUGAUCAGUGAAAAACCAAGGAAUGCUUUAUUCCCCGUAGUGGGGGCUCCUUCUUAAAGCAAAAAUACGUCACAGUUUAAACAUACAGUAUACAUUCAACAAUUGGUUAACAGUCUAAGGGGUCUUGUCUAAACCCCCCUACAGGAUGUAGUGUCGUCAUUACAGACUUCUCCCGCCUAUAUUCCAGCCCCAUCCUGGAUACACGAUGGGAGGGGGAGUGAGUAGUUUCUUUCAGUUACUUUAACAGUGAUUCUCCAUUUUGUUACACGUGGCAUAUAGCUGUUAACUGGCACAAAGGAAGUGGGGGAGGAGUUAGUAAAGGAAGCUGUUAACACAGGAAUUUUGGUUACACAAGGUUUGCUUGAUGGGAAGGGGGGAGGCUAGCAGGAUGUGAGGAAUUUACAGAGGAAACAGCAACUGAACACAUUGUAGGGGGGAAAAGGGAAUAUUUACUCUAGCAGCCAGUUUUAACAUAGUGUACACAGAAUAAAUAGACAUUAGUAAAUAGCCAUUUUAUUCUAAUUCAUCUGUCCAUAACACCAGGGUCCCUGAUAGCAGCUAGGAAGCUGACCUGGUGAGGGUAGUCACUCAGCGUAAGUAGUUUUGUCACAUAUGGGAUAUGUAGAUUACAUACAAAAUCCGCUACAUUCACAUGUUGGAUAAGUAAAACUGUUAACUGAUAGCAGUCAUAAUGUGGCUGCUGUGAGUUAACAGAUGUUAACUGUCUCAGCAGAUCAUACACACAGCAUUGGUUAAACUCUAUCCUAAGAGGAGAACAAUUUCAAACAAAGUUGUGCAUGUGUUACGCUUGCAACUUGAAUAAAAUUAUUUAGCCAGACUUUUGUUUUGGCCUGUCUGAUUUACAAACCUUAAAUAUUAUUAAAAUAUCUCAGGAAUAGCAGUGUUUCUUAUAGAAACACCACAAUUUAUCCUAAAGAAAGUCCCUGAGAGGACUGAAAUGUUGAAUUUUUAUUGCAUAAACAAAGAUUGAAUUUUAUAAAAGGCCAAGAGUGCAGCCUCACCAUUUACCAUUUUAUCUAUUGAAGCCUUGGUGUUGGCACUCGGCCAUACAGGGGAUUUUCAACUUGUGUGCAAGGAAUUUCUGUGGAAAAUAUAUAUAUAUACACACACAAAAUAGAAGUGUGACGGCAGUCACUUUUAUCCAGUUCUAUGAACGAAGAAGCUCUUUGAAUAGUAAUGCCUCGUUGCUCCACAGUGGAACGUAAAUACACUUUAAAUAUUAGAAAGAAGUGGGCACUCAUAGGACUUUUGCUAGAGAAAAAUCGAAAAUUUAAUUUAAUUGUGCAGCGUCAACGUUUUGGACCUACUCGUGGUUCUUUCUCAAGACAAAUUGCAACAAUCAAAACAUCAUAUAUAUAAUACAAAAAAGUAAUUUACUUAAUUGAUUGAAUUACUCCAUCUGUGUGUAACCCGCCACCAUGAAAGCUGAAAACCGGAAACUAUGUGUGUACCGGAAAUGAGUUACAGCCUAAUACCUCCCAAAACAGUACAACCAUAUAUGGGAUCUGUCAGUAACACGCACAUUGUAAAAUAGUUCCGGAUGACUGUAUGUAUAUAUAUAUAGAGAGAGAGAGAAAGAGAGAAUAUAUCCAAAAGUGAAAAAGCCAUGAAUUGAUAAGUGAAUUUGUAUCUAUGGAAUAGAUUAGAAACAACUAUGACAUAUAAAAUAAGAAAGCAUGACUUUUCUUUGAAAAACAUCUUAGAGGAACUUGAUUAAAAAUUCAAUUUAGCGAUCUAAUAAUGUAUCACUUUUGUAUAUAUUAUGUAUAAGGUUAUAUUGAUGUCGGGUCGCCAUCAAUGAAUAGUAGUAUAGUAGAUAAAGAUACUGUUUAGCAAGAUGGGAGAAGGAGUAAAAAGAUUCUUAGUGACUAUCAAAUAUGUAUAACGUCACCAUCAGUAAGGUGAUAGAAACGCUGGAGACCAUAUACAAACACAGUCAAUCUCUUAUAAAAACUAAAAAUGAUGCAAUAGCAUUGUGUGUGUUGUACAACAGAUGAGAUUUUAACAUUUUGUCAAACUUGUGCUAGAGGGAGGACCGAAAAAUAUUUCUUGAACUAGGGACCUCUUUACAUUAGUUCCGCCACUGAAUGCAUAGACAGACGUCUUGCACCAUAACAACUUUGGAAGUGAUUGUAAUGCUUAGUGUAACUAUUUAAUAACAAACUCUCAGUAUGUUUUAUAUGAACUUCUCUUUGGUGUCUUCUGAAGAGAAAUAAUACAGGGCCAAAUAUUGUGAUUUUUCCAGAGGAUUCAGGACAGUAUACAAGCAUGCCAUGUGUUUUACAGUGUAGAUUUAUCAUUUAGCACUAUUUUUGACAUAUACUAAUAUAAUCAGAACCUUUUUCAUUUUGCCUUAACAUUUUUUAUUUUUUUUACAUUUCUUUAGAUGUGCGUAGCAUCCGAGGCUGUGAAAAUAGAAAUUUCAGAGGAUGUAAUCAAUGAUCAUUUGGUAACGAUGCAGAAACCUGUAUGCUUGCAAGAGACAAAUGUGGAAGAGACAGACAAAAAUGUAAUUUCUAGCAGCAUAAAAGAUUAUGCUCAAGAUUCUGAAAAGGUUGAGUUUGAUCACGUUAAAAUAAAAAAAGAAGUCUCAUAUUCCCCAGAUCCUUCUGAUGCAGAAUUUUUCAAUUUUCUAAAACGAGAAAAAGUUAGAAAGAAGAAGAAAAAGAAUAAAUCUGAACACGAUGUUGUAGAGAAAGGAUCACCAAAAAAGACCUGUAAAAAAAGGCAGUCAUCUGAGUCAGAUAUUGAAAGUGUCAUGUAUACAAUUGAGGCCGUUGCAAAGGGAGACUGGAGCAUUGAAACACCUUCAGUUUCACCAAACAAGAAAGCCUGUUCCACUUCUAGUCCAAAUCACACAUCAUCAGACCUAAAGCCUAUAAAGAAGAAGAUAAAAUCAAAAGAAAAGAAACUGUUAAAGGACAAAGUUGAUAAAACCUUGGAAACCACUGAAGAGCUGAUGGCACCAGAACCAGCAAAUAUUGUGCCUGCUGAGGAAACAUCUGUUGAGGUGCCUGAAUGCAUAAAAGAAGAGCUGUCGCCUAAAGAGGAGGUUCUUCAGAUCUGUUUGCCAGAAAUGCUAAAAUCUGAGGACUUUGACAAUAAUAAAAAGACAGAGGCAUGUGGUUCCAGGAAGUCAGAAAGGGCAUGCAAAGGUGCUCUUUACAAGACGUUAGUGUCUGAGGGCAUGCUAACCUCACUACGUGCAAAUGUCGACAGAGGUAAGUAUUUGGAUAAUUAAGGUUCUUGUGAUUGUGAAGUAUUGUCUAAAACUUAAAACUUGUAAUGCAUGAGACCUAAUGUUUUCUUUCUGUUUUUGAAAGAGUCUCCAAGCAUUAUAUCCACUGCAACUCAUUGUGAUUAUACUGCUAGUAGUUUUUGAACAGGCUUUUUAUUUUUUUUUAUUUUUUCCCCUUCACUGUUUAACCCCUUAAAGGAAAACUCCAGUUCCAGGAAGACAAUCCGUUUUCCUGGCACUGCAGGUACCCUCUCCCUCCCACCUCCCAUCCCAGGUAGCUGAAGGGGUGAAAACCCUUUCAGGUCACUUACCUGAGACCCUGCCGAUGUCCCUCGGCGGUGGUUUCGGGUCAGCGUCGCUCCUCCCAGUAAUCACGUCAGCCGGUGGACGAGACUGAUCCCGCCCGCCAGCUGAGGAAACCUACCGCGCUCGCGCAUUAGGUCUCCCCAUAGGAAAGCAUUGAAAAAGAUUUUCAAUGCUUUCCUAUGGGGAAUUGAGCGACGCUGGAGGUCCUCACACAGCGUGAGGAUGUCCAGCAACGCUCUAGCAAGCUAUGAAUCAGGAAGUGCCCUCUAGUGGGUGUCUAGUAGACAGCCACUAGAGGUGGAGUUAACCCUGCAAUGUAAUUAUUGCAGUUUAUAAAAAAACUGCAAUAAUUACAGUUGCAGGGUUAAGAGUAGUGGGAGUUGGCACCCAGACCACUCCAAUGGGCAGAAGUGGUCUGGGUGCCUGGAGUGUCCCUGUAAGGACGAAGGAAAUUGUGCAAUUUCUGAGCAAAACAAAUCCUAGAAUUUGACCUAUAUAUCUGUUCAGUCAUACAUUACCUCUUUCAUAUUAAGUGCACCUACACUUUUUAUAUAUAAUUUUAUUCAGGUGAAAUUCAUUUCACAUAAAAUAUUUAUAUAUGGAACACUAUGUCAUGUGGAUAAAACCUGAAAAAGUAUGAGAAAUUAAGAAAAUGUAUUUACCAAGCUCCGAAUGGCACUUUAACUGUGAAUGUCAUAAUACGGUUAGCUUUUACUGCAAUAAAACACACGUAUUUGUAUGAUGUGAUGCCCCACGUGUAGAGGUUUAAUGGUGUGUUAGAAAGUUACAGGGUCAAAUAAAGAAUUUGCCCUUUUCAGUUUUUACACAUUGAAAUUUGCCAGAUUGGUUUGCUGCGUUUAUGUAGUCUUUGGACUGUAUGGCAGCCCAGGAAUGAAAAUUACCCCAUUAUGGCAUACUAUUUGUAAGAUAUUCAAAAUGGGGUAUGUCCCAGGAUAUUCAAAAUGAGGUAUGUCAAGUCUUUUUUAGUAGCCACUUAGUCACAAACCCUGGCCAAAGUUAGUGUUCAUAUUUGUUUUUUGCAUUUCUCACAAAAAACAGACCUUUCUCCAAUGAUAUUAUUGUUAUUACACGUUUUACUGCUCUUAAACACUUAUAUUUGUGUUCAGCGAUGUCUUACGAGUACAUCAGUACCCACCAUGUACACGUUUUCUGGGAUUUUGGAAAGUUACAUUAGUCAAAUAUAUGGCUUUCUGUCUGAUUUGUCAGGCAGGUCCCCCAUUAUAUAAUUAAUACAAUUACAUAAUUAUGUAAAAUAAUAUAUAAAUAUUUAAAUGCUAGACUUCAGUAAAUUGAGCUGUAGUUGUUAUGGUGCAUCCUUUUAAUUUAGCAAUGCAUAUCGUUCCCUUAAUGAGUAUACCACUUCUUAGUGCAGUUGGAAAUACAUUUCUCACCAUGUCUCCAGUGAGCACAAACAGCUUUCUGAAUUGUAGUCCAUCAAUUGCUAAACAAAUUAUAGUACAUAUUUAGACAUGAUAUUAUAUUUCUCCUGAAGCUCUGGUUUAAUUGAGCCUUUCUUGACUGGAGGAAUCAGAGUGGAGAGCAGCCCGUAUCCACAGGAGGUACAAACACCUCUGUGAACCAUCUUGACCCAAAAGGUGAGGAAAGGCCUUCAGUUUGCUUUUCCUUUUAACAUAUGUAGGAGGGAGAAAGAGACAGAAGAGGAUACAGGUGGCUUGUACAUAAGAACAUAUUAGAUAGAAACCAGGGGUGCUCAACAGUUUAACAGACUAGAAUGCAACAUAUGUUUCUUGAAAAUUUAAAUCAAAUAUGUCUGUAUUAACACAACAUGGGACCAUCGUGACCAGAAAGAAAUGUGAAAUACAUACAUAUGAUAUUUUAGCCUAUUUUUCAUUAUUACUGUGUUUUGUUUUGUUUUGUUUUUAAUUCAGGCAAGAGAAAUUCAUUAAAGGGCAACUCAUCAGACCACGAAGGCUGCUGGAAUGAAGACAACUGGACGUACAAUCAAACAGGAACUAGCAGUAGCAAGAAAUUAAAAAAGACUAAGCCAAAGGAAGAGUCUACCAUUGGGUAUAUUGCUAGUCUCAUGACAAACCUAUUGUUUCCAGAUGCUUCAUUAUAAAACAUUUUCAUUUAUUCUAAAUAUUAAUUGUUGAUUGUAAAAACCUUAACCGUCAUUUGUUAUCAUAACCCUGCUUGCUUUGUACAUUUGUGUAGAACCUUAUAUUGAGUGGAAUGUUUGUUUGAUUUGUCUCUGUGGAUUCUAGUUUAGCAAAGCUGGAAGAAGAGUUUGAAAAGAAAUUCAAUAGCCUUCCUCAGUACAGCCCUGUUACAUUUGACCGCAAAAAUGCUGCAGUCCCUAGAAAGAAGAAAAAGGCUUGCAGUGGACAAGCUGAACAACAGAAAAUCAACAAAGGUAGGAGUCUUAAGUAUUACAAUACAAACACUCUACUAACAACUAAAACCCUACCAAGCCCAGAAAGAUCAUUCUCACAACUCCCCCAAAGUCAAGUGCCAGUUGGAUACUCAUUACUGCCGCCAAUCUAAUUCAAACAUUCGAGAGAGAAAAAACAUUGAAUAUUAUUUUUCUCAUAAUCUUAAAUAUAGGUGAACAUGGGUGUUUUCCCUGCCUUUGCCAUGAAAAAAAUAUUGAUGAUUUAGUACUUAAAUCAAAUCCAAUGUAGUCACCUAUGCAUCCUCAUUUUCAUUCUGUUGAAAUCCACAAAAUAAAUAACAUCACGACCCAUCGGGACAUUGGUGCAAUAGAAAAGAAAAUCCUUAAAUAAGAUCUUUACCUUUAAAACAGAAGGCCAAUUAGAGGAAUUGUUAAUUACUAGUGAGUAUAUUUACUAUGGUGCUUGUGGCUUGGUCCCUCUAAGGAAUCAUAUCUAAUAACUUUAAAAAAAUUGACGCCAACAGUUAAAAAGGGUACUGUAAAGGAUUGCAAUGGUGAUUAUUUGCAAACUUUUAAAGAAGAGCUGUCACUGUCAGGAAGGUGGCAGUUCCUUGUUCCUUUACUCCAAUAAAUAAUGGUUCAUUGUGAAUGUAAUUUCCAACCCAAUUCCAGAAAAAGACUGCUAAUUGCAUGAACUGUAGUACAUGUUUAUUCUAUUCUGGGUCUAUUUUGGAGUCAAAUACAAAAAAAUGGUACGCAAAAUAAUAUGCUUAUAUAUUGUGGUAUAUUCAUUAUUUUCAAUAGUAUAAACCUGAUACAAAAAAGAAACAAUAUUCAUAGUGCAGCACUGGAAUAAUAUUGAAUUAAUCCCACACAUCUUUUGAACCAAACUCACAGGUUUGGAGUGAUAUAGCACCAGUAACACUUGUUUGCAUGGUGAUGAUCAGACCCUAGCUUGGAGUGGAUUCAAAUAUAGGAGACCUAUCUAUAUCUGGAUAUCUACAAACCAAAACACCUUUGUUUUUCAGACUGCUCACAUGCAAAUUUAAAAUUGUUCAUAAAAUACUGCUAUGACUUGUAAAGGUUUAGCAUGAGCUCUUUGCGCUGCAGUUGGCAUUUUGCAGGUGCAAUUCUAUCUUCAUCUUCGGCAAAGUAAUACUUGACAUUACUUGACAUACCCAAACAACAUGUUUUGCUUUACCCACUGGAGUUUUUUCAAGUGUGCCUGUCUAGUGUUAAAGGAUGAUAUCUCUUUUCCAAUUGUGAAGAUCAACCUCUAAUAUAAAGUACAACCUUCUCAAUCAGUCCAUUUAAAAAAUAGGGUUUAUCAACUAAAUAUUUAAAUUAAUGUAUAAAAAUUUUUUUAAAUGGUUCUCUUAAUGACAUAGUUACAUAGCUGAAAAGAGACAUGUGUCCAUCAAGUUUAGCCUUUCCCAUAUUUGUUUUGCUGUUGAUCUGAAAUUAAAAGGACACUAUAGUCACCAGAACAACUACAGCUUAAUGUAGUUGUUCUGGUGUCUACAUUAAAAGGCCUGCAUAGACAGGCAGUAAAUGUAAAAAGGUCACUCCAGGCAGCCCUUUUUACUCACCUGGUUCCAGCGCCGGGAGCCUCAUGAUACCGCGCCCCCUAUUUCGUCAAAAUGACGAAAUAGGCGGGCGCGAGCAGGGAGCAAUCAGACGCUUCCAUUCAUGCUGCCCUAUGAAGUCCUGAGCGCACUACUGCGCAUGCGCGCGGUGUGCGAGGCCGUGAGCUGAGCUGACAGCUCGCGGUCUUUGCCCGCCCCGUCUCCUCUGCUGACAGGCAGGAGAUAGAAGGCGCACAUACAGUGCCUUCUCUCUCCUGCACACGUCAGACAUAUUUUUAUUUUUUGUAUGAAAAUACAGUGUUUACAUUAGAUUGCCUGCAGGGAGCUAUAGAUCUCACCUGAACAACUACAUUAAGCUGUAGUUGUUCAGGUGACUAUAGUGUCCCUUUAAAUAUUAAAGAAUAAUUACACCCUCAUAGAAUUUCAUAUAAGACAGCCCAAGAGGUAGAACAUUUCAGAAGAUAAUUUGUUCUUCAACUUCAAAUUCCUUUCCUGAAUCCCCAGAGUAGUGAGUGUAAACAAAUAUUCUUCAUAAAACAACUUAUGUCAAGAAAAUAUUUAUGUCAACUUGUUAUGUUGAGAAAGCAACUUGUCAUGUUGAGAGAACAAGUUUUCUCGAGAUAGCAAGUUUUUUUGUCGGCAGAAAAAUUUUAAGCUUCUUUUGGCUAUCAUACCUUUGCCUUAAAUCUUUUUUUACGGUUAUUUUCUUCCUCACUUAGACAACCCAGACACUUAUUACAUCCAAAAAAAACUUUUGUUUUACUGAAAACAUUUUCAACUUUCAUUCCCGUUAGAAAACUCUAGAUAAAAUGAAUUUUAAAAUGCCCUGCUCUUUAAAAGGGAUUUUUUUUUUUUUUUUACACAAUUCUCUUUAAAUCAUUAUCAGUAAAUGGAAUAUACCAAAUAUCUCUAUAAUCCCAAUAAUCUCCGAAUGUUUUCAAUUAAAAUCAAAAACGACUAGUAAACUAUCUUUCAAUAUCCCAUGCUUCUUUUAUUUUUUAUCUUUCAAAUAAAAGUGUCUCUAAAUCUCUCCACUACCUCUCUAACAGCUUCUUUUUUUAAAUGAAUAUUUUUAUCUUCCUCUUGUUUCUUUGUUACUUCAUCUGUACAAUUUGUUUUUAAUCUAAGUAAUUGUCAUUGUUAAGCCAAGUGGAAUAGUGACCACAAUUAUGCAGAAUAUUUCCAUUAGUACUUUAAAAAACAUUUGGCAUUCAUUUCCUUAUCAGCUAUAAAAAAUUCUACGUCUAUAAACAUUAAUAUUGCUGAACUUAUACCGCUCCCCACUCAAUUGUAUUGAGAAACUAUACAAUUUAUUAAAACUUUCCUGUGUGGCUUUCCAGACCACAACAAUUGUAUCUAUAUUACAUCACCAGGACAGUAGGCACACUUCCCAGUCAUGCCUCCUGUAGAUAAAUCUAUAUGCCAUAAUUACCUAUAAUUGUAAAUAAAAAGUUGAAUCAAACCAAAAAUAAUGAUUUGAUAUACUCCAAUGUCAACUCAGCAUAUAGACCUCUGAGGUCAUGUUUACUAAGACAUCUGUUUGCAAAGCCAUAAACAAAUCUAGGCGUUCUUCCUUGUGACCUAGUUUUCUUAUUGUUAUAAUAUGCAAUGUAUCUUUUAUAUGUAUAACUGAAAGUGAUACUUUAAACAUUCUUAAAGGGAUCCCCCAGCAAGUUCAGCUUAUUGUAUUACUUAUGUUGGAAGGAGGCUGAGUGCUUUAUUUAAUUUGUUUGGUCGUUUUGUCAGAACGAUUUUAAGCAGUUUGACAAAACAGAAAAAAAAAUGAGAGAAUUUUAAGCACACAUAACAUACCCCUCCGCUUGUGAAAUGAUAAUGGAGAUGUUCCACUUCCUAAUUUUUUAGCCAGAAUAUUUGUAGAAUAGAUCACUGUUAGCUCGUGUAUGCCACUGGAUUGACACUGACUGAGAAACCAGUGUCAUUUCUACAGCACCAAAAAUGUUAAUGGUGGCCUGGCACAACCAAAUGCUGUUUUCCUGUACAAAUAUUUUGCCUCAAUAAUAAGGAAGUAAAUAUAAUUUUCAAAGGAAAAUUUAGGGGGGCGUGGCUUGAACGCUGAAGGGAGCGGACACAUGUUGGCUAAGCUCCCAUGGCUGGCACUGCAUUCAGCAAACUUGGGGCACAUAGCUACCCUAAUUCAGCCCGAGCUCGGGACUAGCACCUCAGCUCUCAAUGGGAAAAGGGUUGAAAAAUCUUAGAACCCUCACAGGGGACAGCUCCCAAGAUAUUGCCGUCCUAGUCUCAAAAUGGCGCCAUGGCCAGACCCACAUUAUUCCUCCUCCGUGGAAGAACUCCUCAAUGAACCCGAUGACAUACCUCGAACUGAGAGCAUAUUCACCCCACAUCAAGGGGAAGACCUAUCAGCCCCAGCUACAAAGGGGGACAUCAAAGCUCUGAUGACAAACAUAAGAGCCUUCUUCAAUGCUGAUCUUGAUAUAAUCCGUGAGGAUAUCACAGUGGUGACAGCCAGAGUACAGGCUGACAACAUCUCCUCCAUUGCCCAAACUCAAACAGACACCAACAAGGUAUUACAUCAACUUCAGGCAUCCCGCAAAACCAUGCAGGUUAGACUGGAUACCCUGGAUGACAUGCGGAGGCGCAAUAACCUCAGAAUCAGGGGCAUCGCUGAAUCAGUUACCGAACAUGAACUGCCUCACUUUCUACGACUACUAUUGGCCACUCUACUGCCACAGCGCUCUCAGCGCUUCAAGUAGACCGCUGCUUCCAACUUGCCAAGUCAAACAGGGCGCCGACUGGUGUUCCCAGAGAUGUUCUGGUACGCUUCCCACUGCUUCGUGACAAGCUGGCCCUGUUAGAAGCACUGAAAGAACACCCUUUCAGUUUGAGGAGAUGCAACUCCAAUUCCUGCAGGAAACAUCAGCUACAAGUGGGGAACCUCUCGAGCACUAAUAGUCAGCAGGGAUGGACACACUCACCAGCUCUCCACUGCAGAGGACUCCACAACCUUCCUCCAGGGACUGGGCCUUACUCUGCCUUUAACCCCUUAAGGACCAAACUUCUGGAAUAAAAUGGAAUCAUGACAUAUCACACGUCAUGUGUCCUUAAGGGGUUAAACAGCACGACCCAUCCAGGUCACAGCUGGGAUGUACGCAGGAUCGUCCCUUUUACCCCACUUGCCGCAGCUGACUACAGCUGAUACAGAAAAAGCACCCAGCGGCCGAGCAGUGACGGACUGACUCCUUCACCAGUCCCAUCGUUAAUAAUGUUCAUUAUUAUUUUAGCGUAUCGCUCAGAAAUGUUUAAGUUUAAGUUUUUAGUUUACACUGUUGACUCGAGAUGCCUGCAUACCUCUUAUGAGCUGUCCUGAGAAAAGGACAAUGUAACCGCCAAAUCCCCCCCAAAUGCUAUGGGGUUAUUGAGCGUAAUAUAAUAGUUAAAACCCCUGACUGACCAGAGUCCCAAUUACUUCUCCUCUCUACAACAUGAUCACUGCUUUUUUUAUCUAAGACCCAUAGGACUGGGUCUCCCUGCUAUUUUCGUGGUCUCAGCAAAAUUAAUAAGCCCCACAUUACUUAGUUUACUAUAUAGGCGUAACCUGUAUGUCCUUUAAAUUUUAUUGGUAUGUUCUACUACUCUGCCAAUACACUCCAACCUGGAAUAUUUACCACGUGUAUUGUCCACCCCUUGCACAAGGAAAAUAAAGAUUUUUUAAUUUAUUUUUUAAAAAGGAACAUUUUGGGCAAAUAAUCAAAGUGUGGAUAUAGUUUAGGCAUCAAUUUAAUAUCCAUAAAUACAUUUAAAACAGUUUAAUAUUUUUGCAUACACUUUUAAAAUGAUUUUUUUCCUCAAAAUAUUAAAACAUUAAAAAAUAAAUCAUAUGCAAAACAUAUAUAAAAAAUAUUAAAAUAUUUUUCUAAAUAUUAAAUUAUUUUAAAAGUGUAUCCACAAAUAUUAAACCUUUUGAAAAUCUUAUACAAUAAUAUUAAAUUGAGGCCUUAGAUGGUGAAUUUUCCCAAAUCAGUUGUUUUUACCAUUUGCAACUCGGUUUUUAAAUUUACUAAAAUUUGGGGUAUAGUAAAAAACAAAAAAAACUAAUGUAUGUAAUUUUGACUUUACAAAUAGUUGUAGAACUUUUUUUUAUUUUUUUUUAUUUAUUUUACAGAAACUGCUGUUUUGACUUUAUAGUAGAAAACCUUUGUGUGAGAAACGUAAAUGAAGUAUAUUGUCCAGGGAACUUGGACUAGAAUCAUCAAUACUGCAAAUCAUAUUAAGUUACAAAUUAUGUACUUUUUGUUGUCCUACAGGUGCAUUCCAGUCACAAAAGAAGAACCUGUUCCACAAAAUUGUAAACAAAUACAAGCAUAAAAAAGACAAGCAAAGUAAUUCGGAUAAAGGUAUAUAUUUGUAUUCAUUUACUGUGCCAUUUUAAAAAUGUAUGGUUUAAACAAAACAUUUUUUUUGGGUGGGGUGAUGUGUCAGAUGCUCAUAUACCACAUAUCAUAACCUAUAUCCAUAUUUAUACAAGUAGUGUACCAAUAGAUGUAUAAGGAAAAAUAAAAACUUUUUAUUAAUAUUUCUACAUUUCAUAGACAUUUGAGUAGCUCAGUGUGUAAAUGUAUAGGACCAGAAAAAUUUACUCUGAAGGUCAUUCACUAAACUUUCAAUUUAGUCAAUAAUAAUCUGAAUGGAAAAAUUGAGGCUAAACAAAGAUGUGACCUUAGCUGAUUUUUUUUUCCAGAUCAACAAUUAUUUAUAUUUCCCCAAUCUGACUUAAUUUCAGUAGAAGGUGGAGUUUAGUAAAUAAAUCUUGCAAAGUGAAAUUCAAUAUGUAAAUUAAAAUUUUAAGCCAAAAUAGACAAAUUUAAAACAGAUGAUUUUUUUUUUGAUUAUUGUUUUAUUAUUUAUUGAGCUAUUUUGGUAAAACGAUGUGAAAAUCACUUUGAAUUUCUGACAAUGUUUUCACUUUAGUGAAAACAUUAUUAGAAAUAAUGAAAUCAUCUCCAGCUUAAAUUUUUAUAUAUUUGUUCUCUUUCUUAAAGGGACACUAUAGUCACGAGAACAACUACAGCUUAAUGUAGCUGUUAUGGUGUCUGGCAGAAAAGGCAGUAUUUACGUUGGUGCCUAAUAACACUUAGUACAGUACAUAGUACAGUCACUCAGGGGACCACUAGAGGUUCUUCCAGUGUUAGUGUGCAGCGUCUCCACAACUCUUGGAGGCGCUGUACAUUCCCCCAUAGAGAUGCAUUGAUUCAAAGCAUCUUUAUCAUGCUGAUUGGCGCAUCGUUCUGCCGUGCAUGCAGAAUAGCCUCCUUUUUCUGUGGGAAAGCAUUGUAUUGGCUGAGAUCAUCAAGUUUUUGUGUGCACGUUGUGGUACAUAGUCACUAGAACAAUUACAGCUUAAUGUAGUUGUUCUAGUGAGUAUAAUCAUUACUCGCAGGCAUGUUCACCUCCAGUGGCCACUGGUAACAAAACAAAAUUCUGCUAAAUAUUUUUAACAUUUCCUCAAAGAGAUACUACAGGGACGCAGACCAGUUCACCUUAUUGCAAUGCAGUGCUCUGAGUGAAGUGCCCCUGUCCACUUAACCCUGCAAUGUUAACUGUUUAUAGCUUCCUUGAGUUUAACUUCAGGAAACUACGCUGGGCAUCCUCACGCUUUGCAUAAGGAUGUCCAACGUCUUGAACAUCCCAAAAGGAAAGCAUUGGUUCGGUCCUUUCAUUGGAAAAUCCUAAUGUGUGCACAGCACUUGCUGUGCAUUUGAUUUCCCCUAUCACCGUGAUGUCACUCGAGGAGGAGAUCGAUCCAGCACCGAGAGAACUCGGCUAUGGAAUCAGGUAAGUAAAAUAAAGUGUUUUUAAAUCUUUCAUGACCUGGGUGAGGGCGGGACAUGGAUGCUGAAGGACACUGUAGUGUUAGGAAUACAGUUUUGUAUUUCUAACACUAUAUUUUUUCUUUAAACAAUUUAUUGUUUAUAGAUGCUUUGAUUCUGAUAUGUAGGGUGUAGCUUGUGGGCACCUAUAGAAAUAAGCAUGCGAUUUUAGAGACCCAUAGGUAGAAGAACCACUGAUGUAGAACAUGUCUCUUUUUGCAAAAUUGUUUAUUACUAAAAUGGCCAAUCAGUGAGGGAGUUGAUCUAACUGGUAGCAUAAACGAGUCCUAAAAUGUUUUGUAGGCAUUGACAUCUAUAUACCCAAAGGGAAAUGAGUAAAGUAAUCUGAGGUAUUAAAUAGAGAGUACUAAAAUAUGUAUAACCCUUUACUUGUUUCUUCUGUACCCUUACUAAAAUCAUUGGCACACUGUGUCAAGGAUUGUCAGUAAGCAACAUCACCCUCCCCAUCCCAUAACUUAUCUGAUUGAUCUUGGUGACUAUAGUGUAACGUUAACUAGUAUUGAUUACUUUUUUUUCAAAUUCAAUAUACUCUAGGGCUUUUUGCUUUUUCAAAACUUUUUAUAUCUAUUUUGUCAUUUUUUUCCACAUUGAUUACAAAUAACAUAAAGCUUCUCUUUGCAAUAGAACUGAAUUGCUUACAUUUCCAGGCUUGUAAGAGUAGAGCUUUUUUUAACAUUGUUUCUAUACCAAUUGUUUCUUGUCAUUUGUGCUGCCUAAUCUGGUAUAAAGAUUCUAAAAGUUCUUUAAAGACAGACUUAAUUUUCUAUUGUAUUUUAGCCAUAUUAGAAGAAAAAAACACCACAGACAACACGUCCAGAUCUAGUAAUUUUGCUUCAGUUCCCCACAUUCCGGAACCUACAGCCAUUCAGGAACCUCUUGUUGGAAGCCAAAAAAGAAAAGCAAGAAAAAAUAAAAUAACACAUCUUGUACGGAAUGAGGAGUGUCAGACUUCUUCAGGAGAUCAGACUUUGGGUAAGACUGUUUUGGAUAAAUACUGAUAUAUUUUGUUUUCAUUCUGUAGUUUGUUUUUAAAGUAGAACACUUGCACAGUGAGAAUUCAUAUAGAGUAUAUCGAAAGAAGGUGUGACUUUGCAACCAACUUUCACUACACCAGGUAAAAUAACUAGAACUGCUUUUGUAUUUAAUUACACCUAACACACUGAUAUACAGAUACACACCCUAACACACAAAUACACACACUGGCACACAGAUAGAUACACACAUACACACACACACAAACACUCAGAUAUACUGACACACAGAUACACACACAUAUUGACAGAUACACACUUUGACACACAGAUACACACACUGGGAACUACACACAUUGGCACAUACACACACACUGACAGAUACACUGAGACAUAGACACACUGACACACAGAUAAACACUAGCACAAACACACAGUGACACAUACACACACCUUGACACACAGAUACACAAACUGGCAUAUACACACACAGAAACAUACACUUGCAGAUACACAUUGACAUACAGAUGCACACACUGACACAGGUACACACACACAUAGACACACAUAUGUUUAUUUUUGCAGUCACCCUCCUGUUCACUUACCUAUUUUCUGCAGGAAAAAAGUGCUGCUGGCUGAGGCUGGUGAGCCAGGUCGGCAGCUGCUCAGUCCUUGCUGCUCUCUCUCUCCCUCCACUCUCUCCGCACUUUGUCUGGAAGGAAGUGCUGUCACUUCCUCCCAGAAUCAUUACUAAAAGGGGUCCGGUUGCGGUCUUAGACGGCCGUGGAUCCUGAUUGACCCUUUGUUUAGCGAUAUUCAUCGGGUGGCCCUAAAUGCUUGGGCCACCCGAUGGGCAAAUCGCUUUGGUACCCCAAUUUUGUUCUUGCAGAGCGCCAGGGUUCCGCGGAACAUCAGAUGGGAAAGGCUGUUCUAGAGGAUAGAUGAGCUAUACAAAUGAUUGUAAAGAGGUGUUGGCGUGGUGUAAAAUAUCCUCAUAAGCCAAAAGUUUCAGCUGAAUGGUUAUUUGUACAUUAACAUUGUUUCCAUAUACAUCAUGGUUUACACAGGAAGCAUUCUCCAGUUAUAGUUUUAGUACACAAUGUUUGCUUAAAAAUUAACACUUGACUUUUAUUGAUCCAAACUAAAGGGAUCCUAUAACAAAGCCGUAUUCCUGGCACUCCCCCCUCCCACAGCCACUUACCACUUACCAAUUCUGUCCCUAGGUGCUGGGUCAGGCUCCGCCCACGCUCCUACCUCGCUGCUGUCAGCCAGCGCGGGAGACCUAAUGGGCAAGUGCGACAAUGGCCGCGCGCACAUUAGACCUCCCCAUAGGAAAGCAUUAUUCAAUGCUUUCCUAUGGGGAAAAUCUGACACUGGAGGUCGUCAUGCAGAGCGUGAGGACGUCCAGCAUCAAAUAACGGACCAAAAGUCCCCCUCCCACAGCCACUUACCACUUACCAAUUCUGUCCCUAGGUGCUGGGUCAGGCUCCGCCCACGCUCCUACUUCGCUGCUGUCAGCCAGCGCGGGAGACCUAAUGGGCAAGUGCGACAAUGGCCGCGCGCACAUUAGACCUCCCCAUAGGAAAGCAUUAUUCAAUGCUUUCCUAUGGGGAAAAUCUGACACUGGAGGUCGUCAUGCAGAGCGUGAGGACGUCCAGCAUCAAAUAACGGACCAAAAGUCAGUUUGGAAUCCAGAAGUGCCCAGUGGCUGUCUGGUAGACAGCCACUGAGGGAAGACUUAGAGCUGCUAUAUAAGCAUUGCAGUUCUCUUGAACUGCAAUGUUUUACAUUGCAGCACUAAGUGCAAUAGGGGCACUGCACCCAGACCACUUCAAUGAGCUCAAGUGGUCUGGGUGCCUACAGUGUCCCUUAAGUCAACGGACAGCAUUCCAAAAUUUGUUUAGCAAAGCACUAACACAUACGCAAACAGAUGCCUUCAUUUAACUUCAAAUUGAAAGAAAACAGUAUCAACUAUUUUCACUUAAUUUUUUUAAGCUUUGUCUGGAUUUAGAAUUUGUCUGUUUAAUCAGAUGAAAAUUCUGGGCACUUAAUACUGUUUGAGUCAGUAGGUUUAGUAUAGAGGUGGAUACACAUAUGAUUAUGUUUACUCACAAAAAAAGACAAUGUCAGGAUGGCAAUGGCAAUCUUCAAUAUACCGUAACCAGAUGGAUACAUUUGAAUAAAAUGUGGUCUUCUUGUACAGAAAUUGCUCCUCAAAGUCCAACGUGAACAGCUUAGCGUAGCAGAGUGACGUGUUUGCACCUAUCGCAUUUCCCAGCACCUGCUCAUAACAGAGCAUGAGAUAUCAAAAUAAACUAAUGUUCAGGAUGAUUUCCAGAAGUGUGGAGACAAAGGAACUUACUGUCUGGUCAGGUAGUACUUCCCUUAGCUUUUUCCGGACUACAGAGACACCGUCUUUUUUAUUACAUAUUUAAAAGGUUUUCAUAAAAUUGAGUCACAGUAAUGUUUAAGAUUUAUUUGGUCUUUUGCACAUGGGAGAUUUUAAAUAUACCCCACGGUUAAGUGAUUCUAAUGACAAACACUAAAUGCAUAUGGCUUUUCAAUCACUGUUAACAAGUGGUGUUUAUAUUUUAUGCAGAAGAGAAAACAAACACAGACACUUGUCAGGAGCUUUGCAACAAAGAGGGGAACUGCAGAGCAGAAAGUUUGAUCUCUGGAAAAGCUGAAGAGAACCACAGUAUAACACAAGAGAUGCCAACUGUAUCUGCAUUCUUUAGUCUGGCUGCUCUGGCUGAAGUGGCAGCAAUGGAAAAUGUUCACAGGUUAGUACUCCUUUCCAUCAUGGAAAUUAUGUGUGGCUUUGUCUAAGAUUCCAGUGAAAGUCAUAUAGUAAGUAGUUAUGUCUGGCAUUCCAUUUUGCUGUGUAAGCAGAACACUCUUCAGAAAGGAUUUGUCUACCACUGAAUUCAAGAGGGUUUAUUGUCAUUUAUAUAAGCAUGUUGGGCAAUCUAAAGGGAUUCUAUAGUGUUAGAAAUACAAAGUUAUAUUCCUAACACUAAAGUGCCCUAGUGGCUGUCUGAGUGGCUGGUGACUAUAGUGUCUCUUUAAUGACAAAUUGCUAAUCCAUUUGAAAAUCAGAACACAGUGAUUCCCUUGUCUAUAUUAACUCUUUAGAAGCAGUUGCCAAAAAUAUUUGGAAAACAAAUAAAAGGGUUUUGUGUGAUUUUUGUUUUUUCAUCUUAAAGCAUUCUGAAGAAUCAGCAGAUAGAUUCCGUAGUAAUUUUCAUAUUUGUAUAGCUGUACCAUUUGAGUUUAAUGAUGUUUUUUUUUUUUUUAACUAAACACAAAUUGUAUUGAAUGUAAAACUGAAUUGCAACAUUUUGUCAAAAUUAGUUAAUUUAGCAAUUUAGUUUUGUGUGUUGCAAUCCAAUUAACAAUUCAUUACAUUUAGUUGUUUAGUGACUGAUAAACAACUUCUAAAAAGUGGCUUAAAAAAAUCAUUGUAUGAUUUUAAUUUUCCACUAGAUGGGGCUAUAACAGAUCUAAUCUUUAAUUUAAACAGAUAGCGCAGCAUCUUAGACUUAUGCUAAAAACUACUAAAGUAAAAAACGAAAGUAAAAGAUAGCUUAUGUUUAGUCUUUUUUAAGUUUCAUUUUACACUUGCAUACCUCCUAACAUUUCAAAUGGAUAUAGAUGGACACUUACAUUUUAGAUGAAAUGUGACCAGUUUCUGCUGUUUUGAGAACUUUUAGGUGACUUAUUAAUAUCAAUUUAUGCAACUAAAAUUUAGUUUAGAAACAAUUCUCUAUAAAAAGUUAUAAUUUUUUUUGUUCUAUACACAUUUAUUGACUUAUUACUGUGAAAAUUAUUGCUGUGGAGCUCCAUUAUACAUUCAGACACACCAACCAUAUGGAGCUUCUAGAAAAGAGGAAAUUAGGAUAGAGGGAUAGGGACACUUGGGAGAUACGCACUACAGCCAGAGUAUAUGAUAUACAAUUAUGUUAAUCCCCAGGGCACACUUUGUGCAAGAGCUGUAAGGGUGCACACCAUAGUACAGCACUGUGCAAAAAAGCCCACAUGUACAUGUACUCAAUCAUACAGGAUUUUAAGGUAAAAUAGCUGAAGCUGAUAAAUACUACAAGCCAGAUAUUCUUCCCAUUCAGCUAUUUGGGGAAAAAAAAUUGAAUUCCCAGCAAUUCUCCCUUCCGUGAAUAACCCUGUAAUUGAGAACAUAUACAGGAUCUGGCUGGAAGAAGUCAAGCCAUUGUUAAUAUUACGAGAACGGUUUCUGCAACAUCAAUGUAACCAGGCAGCCAAGGAGAGUGUAUUGGAAUGCGCAUGCAUGAACAAUGACAUCUUCACUGUGCUAGUCAGUGGGAGUGCUAGACGCUUUUGAGUGAACAUGUGUAUUAUGUGGCCGUCACAUUCAAAAUGAUUAAGGGAGUAGAGCAACAAAUCUGCAUAAAAUUUUGCUUUGCGUUCAACAUUCCUCCGCGGAAACUAAUUGCAUGAUGCACAAGGCGCAAUUAAAUGUGUGGCACAAGUGCUUGAAAGAUGGUUGAGAAUCUGUUAAGUUUUGGAACCCUGCAACUUCUGGCUCUUCCCAAAACUAAAAUCACCUUUGAAAGGGAAGAGAUUUCAAUCCUUCGAUAAGGUUCAAGUAAAUACGAGGCAGCUGGUGGCGAUUCCAUCAAUGGGUUUUGAACAGUGGAAGAGAUGCUGAGAAAACUAUGUGAGGUCCCAAGGUACCUACUUUGUAGGGAACUGAGGCUUCAUUGUCCUAUGUUUAUUGUAUCUUCUAUCUUGUCUUAUAAAUGUCUCUAUUUCUCAUAUUACAUUCCUGGAUAGUUUUGGGACAGACCUUAUAUAUUAUGUGUAUGUAUGUGUGUGUGUGUGUGUGUAUAUAUAUAUAUAUAUAUAUAUUAGAAAAGUAUCAUCACUCCUGGAUUACAAAAAAGGGUUCUUCUUUAUUCAAGAAAAUCCAAAAUAUUGAUGUUUCAAUUCGAAGAUCUGCAGCUAAUGUCUUGGUGCCGGAUACCACAGGACAAAUUCAAAGGUCUUGUAGAUUCUAUGUCUUUACACAUGAGAGCUGUUUUAGCAGCACGAGGGGGACCUAUACCAUAUUAGACAGGUGGCUUCAAUUUUGUGGCUUAUCAUUUUUUUGGGAGAAAUAUUUAAAUCACUGAUGGAAUAAACUAUACAUUUAUUCCAUUUAGUAUAUAGACAUAUUAUUACAUAGCAAUGCCCUUUCUGUGCUCCAUACUAGCCUAGUCAAACAUAGUUAAAUAUUAUGUCGGUCAUAAUGACGUCAGACCUAAACUUGGGCCUAUACAUGUGGCCCUGACAAAUUUAUGUCAGAUCCAAAUUUAAGCCUACACAUGUUGUUAGCCUUUAUGGUACUGCCUUGAUAAUAAUCUGUUUUAUUUCACUGUCACCACUUACAUUCUCUUAGCCCUUUCUGAGCUGCGCACAGGCCUAGUGCAUCAUACUUUAAAAUUGUCAGACAUAAUUAUGUCUGUUAACUACUGUAUGAAGUUGCACUAGUUCUUCUGGUGAUACGCUAAUUUACAGUUUGUUUAAUAUUACCGUAUAUACUCGAGUAUAAGCCGAGUUUCUUGGCACAUUUUUAGUGCUGAAAAAGCCCCGCUCAGCUUAUACUGGAGUCAGUGUCUGUAUUAUGGCAACUUACAUUGCCAUAAUACAGACCAGGACCGCCGGGCUCAUUACAAGCCCGGCGGUCCUGUUGGAUCCUGUUGGGGGCCGGCAGGAAGCAUUUACUUACCUUUACAGCAGCUCCUGUCAACUCUGUGCAGCUCCCCCGUUCAGCUCACAGUGUAAGUCUUUCGAGACCCACGGCCGUCAGACCCGCUGACCGUGAGACUUACACUGUGAGCUGAACAGGGCAGCUGACAUGAGCUGCACGGAGCUGACAGGAGCUGCUGUAAAGGGAUGUAAACGCUUCCUGCCAGCCCCCCCACUGCACAACCCAUCCACUGGACCGCCAGGGAUUGCCAUAGGUAUUAAGCAGGGAGGGGGGACAAAACAUUUUUUUUUUAUAAUAUUAAAAUAAAAAAUAAAUAAAAAAUAAAAUAAUAAUAUUAAAAAAUAUAUAUAAUAUAAAAAUUUCAAAAAAAUAUUAAAAAUAAUAAAAAUGCCUUCCUCCCACCCAGUUUACACACACUACACAAACACACACUCUGCAUUAUUUACACACAGAGUGUGUGUAUAUAAUGCAGAGUGUGUGUGUAUAUAAUGCACACACUCUGCAUUAUAUACACACACACUCUGCAUUAUAUUCACAUACACUAAUACAAACUGCAUUCAUUUUAUACACACACUACACAAACACACACACACACUGAAUUCAUUAUAUACACACACUGUAAAUAAAUAUUCAAUUCAUGUAAUUUUAUUGGGAUCUAAUUUUAUUUAGAAAUUUACCAGUAGCUGCUGCAUUUCCCACCUUAGGCUUAUACUCGAGUCAAUAAGGUUUCCCAGUUUUUUUGUGGGAAAAUUAGGGGCCUCUGCUUAUAUUCAGGUCGACUUAUACUCGAGUAUAUAUGGUAUUAUUAUUUUAUUUCUAUAGCACCAGCAAAUUCUGUAGCCCUCUAAGGCCUCUAACACAUGGUGCAGGCAUUCGAUUCGAUAACUGAAUGUUUUCUUUGUUUGCUGGCCCCAUCCGGCCCACAUCGAAUUUUACAAACUUGCAUACAUUCACUUUACAUUCAACCUCUCAGGUUCCUUAUGCGGUGUGACCUCAUCAGCAUUUUAGAAAUGGUUAACAUCUCUGCCAUCUGCAAACAGCAUGUUUUCUCUGUUACACUAAUUUGUUUCAAUCGUGUCAACCGCAUUUCAACUGGUCCGGGGAUUGUAAUUACUUUUACUGUCAUAUUCAUACGAUCCACAUACAUUCAAUUUAUCUCAUGCAGUUAUGUUUAUUAAGCAAUAAAGUUAUAGUUUAUGCUAAUAUUACCAUGUUAUUCUAUGAUUAUUCUAGCAUGUGCCGAUGCCUUUUACCUUAUUCUUCUAGGCUAAUUAUAAGUAUUUAUCAGACUCCUAAGAGUUCCAUAAGUAUGUCCUUUAACCAUAUGUUUUAUAUCUCAUAUCUAUUCUUAUUUCUGGUAUAUGGCCAUCAAAAUCACUAAACCUUUUCACCCACUGUUGCAUUCUAGAGGCAUGGGCCUCAGUUCCCGUUAUGACUCGGUCUGCAGACAACAUGAUUAUUUGGAUCAGUGGGUAGGUAUUAUAUUAAGUGUAUAAGAGUUUACAUACGGUCUCUAUUCUGUUCAACAUUUCAUACACUUGAUGUUUAUUAGUAACUUUGCGGUUUCAUCAUAAACAUAACUCAGUCCUAUACAAAUGUUACACAACUACACAACCUUUUUCUGAUUCGCAUCCUACCUAUCACCCGCAUUAAUCGCAACACAGAUAACGCAGCAAUCCUGGAACGCUAGACCCAAUCGGUCCUUCCCACCCCCGCUGGUUUAUACGCAUAUUUCCUACACGUAGUCCUCACUAAGAAUUAUCAUGUUUGUUCACAUGCCUGGCAGUCGGCAACCAACCUCGUCCUAUUCCGGCAACUCUUUUGAGUAUUUUCCAUUUCAUCUGUUUUACAGGGAUUGCAUACUACCCCUUUAUGCUACUUGUUAUCAAGAAUGCACCUAUCCUUGAGGCCCUCAUUAGGCAUUCUCCUCGAGUAACUGUAAUUCCAUCAUCACCUACAUUAUCUUUACCUCACAUUAAGCACUUUGGUCCAACUGCAUCUAUUUGGGUGGUUUCAUUAUCCCCUUCAUAGGUCUCAGAUUGACACUGUGCACAUAGCUAAAGUUGUAAGUAUAUAUGAUUAUAUUGGUCUUGUUUCAGGUCCUAAGCCUUUACACUUGGCAUUACUAGGCCCUCUGUGGUCGGCAUUAUGACAUACCCACCCCUCACUUGGGCUUUGCAUAAGUACUUUCCUGCUGCAUGGGGUAUAUAUAUAUAUAUAUAUAUACAUACACACUAUUCCUUCUAACAACAUUUCAUUACAUCACUUAGUUUCGCUAGGCCUAAACCAACCAGCCUAUAUGGCCCUAUCACAGCCGGUGACACUCACUAGAAAAUUAAUCCCUCAUUCUAAGGUAAAUGUACAGAAUAUCGGUAAGUUAUCGGCUAUCGGCCUGAAAGUUCACAGAUUAUCGGUAUCGACUCUAAAAAAAUCAAUAUCGGUCGAUCCUUAACACUUAAUUCACUAAUGCACAUAAUUUCGAUAUGAGUUGUUAGAUUAUAACAGAAUUUUGAAGUGUAAUAGAAAGAGAAAGUAGGAGGCGGAUUAAUUACAAUACAAUACACAAUCUUGUAAUACACAAAAAUCAUGAAAGCACAAUCAUAAGAACAUUUUAUAUUAGAUUUACCGACUCAAAAUGAGUAAAAAAAUAAAUUUAAACUAAAUGGAAAGGAUUAAGAUAAUUCUUGUUAAUAUUCUUUUUUUGUGUGGCAGGACUAAAAGGACAUAUAAAAAUUAAAUUAUCAGACUCAGAACAGUUAGUCAACAAUUCAGAAGAGCUAGCUUUCUGACAGUUUCAGGCAUGUUUAAAACUUAAAAGAACGCUAUAGUCACCAAAACAACUUUAGUUUAAUGAAGCAGUUUUGGUGUAUAGAUUAUGCUCCUGCAGUUUCACUGCUGAAUUCUCUGCCAUUUAUUAGUUAAAUCACUUUGUUUAUGCAGUUCUAGGGGAGGUGUGGCAAGGGUUGCAUGGACUCCUAAAUGGCAGAGAAUUGAGCAGUGAGACUUCAGAGGCAUGAUAUAUACACAAAAACUGCUUCAUUAAGCUAAAGUUGUUUUGGUGACUAAUAACCUCAUAUCACUGGAAUACUAAAUGACCUUAUAUCAUCGCUAGUUGUUUUGGUGACUAAAUACCUCAUAUCACCGAUUCUGAUAGAUCUUCUUUAAACAAAAAGCUAACUAUUGAAUUCACUAUUGAAGAAGUGAAUUGAGCUAUAUCUAAUUUUGAAAAGUAGAAACCCCAGGUCCAGACAGUUAUAAUAAUCUUUUUUUAUACGUUUUUAAAAGAUCAAAGAACCCCAUAUCUAACAAACCAUUUUAAUUAUGCGACCCAAGUAGGAUCCUGUCACGAUUACUAUGUGACCCAACAUUCAAAUAAACUAGGCAAUGGUCAGGAUAAGUAGGGAAAGUCAAAAACAAUAGCCAAAGUCAUUAACCAGAAAUACAAUACCAAGAACGCGCUCUCUGACAACCAACAAGUGGAAGACACGACAGGGCACUGAGAAAAGGCAUUACACGGUUUAAACAUGCCUCUCAGUGCUGUGAUUGGUUAUUACAUGGCCCUUGAACCCAAAACGUGUGUGUGUGUCAAUAUCGUGACGUCACGCGCACGCCGUCGCCAUCUUUAAUGUGGGCUGGGACCCGCCUUCAUGGCACUCCACCGCGACCCAGGAAAGUUAUUUUUUCCCUUUUCGGCGCGACCGCCCUGCUCAUGUGCAGCCUGAUUAUUGCGGCCGCCCCGAUACUUCUAAGUAACUCUCUGAUCGGCGCAGCCGCACUGAUCAGACGCGGCUGCGUCGAUCAUAGCCCUUUGUGCCCUGACAUAUCCUUCAUGGAGGAAGUGACCAGAGAAAACAUUUUACUCAUUUUAAAACAGAAAAAGUGACCACUGAUGUACUGAAUUAUAGAGCUAUAUCCCUUAUCAAUGUUGACAGUAAACUCUAUGCUGCUAUUUUAGCUGCAAGAAUCAAGAAAGUAUUACCAGUUAUUAUCCAUUCUGAUCAAAUAGGCUAUAUCCCUGGAAGAACGUCUAAUAUUCGAAGAACUAUAAACAUGUUAGAUAAUGCUUUUAGGGAAAAGGUUCCACUGUUGACCCUGUUGGUCGAUGCUGAGAAAGCCUUCAACAGGGUCAACUGGAGCUUUAUAGGUGCUACAUUAGAACGUUAUAGAUUAUGUGGCUAGAUUAAGAGAGUAAUAAGGGCAUUUUAUGUUAACCCUUCAGCACGUACAAUGGGUCCAAAUAUCUGUUCUCCAUGUUUUGUUUUGUUUUUGGGUUUUUUAUAUGGUACCUGUCAAGGAUGCCCUCUCUCCCAUUUAAUAUCAAUUAAACCUAUAGCAAUUAAUAUAAGAAACAACUCAAAAAUCUUUGUAUAAAAUAUUAGAGGAAGAAUUAAAAAUCAGUCUUUAUGCAGACGAUAAAUGUAAUAAAUGCAUAUGUGAUCCCAAAAUGGGAGUAUAUGUUUCAAAUGCUACCGUUAAAUAUACCAAACAGUUGGCUUGAAAUGAUUCAAUAUAGUUUUAUGCAGUAUAUAUGGAAAGGUAGAAAAUCAAGAUUAAGUCAAUGAAAGCUAGCCCAAAAUUUAGAUACAGGAGGAAUUGGUUACCCUAUCAUUAAUAAUAAUUACUUAGUCUCCAUUUUGCUGCACAUCUAUAGGAUGCAAUUAAGCACUAACACAGAUGAAGGUAGGUAUAAAAUGGAAGUGAAACCAGGAGAAGAUACAGAUUUUAAACAGUCUGGUAUAGGAUACAAAUUCUGCUAAAACGACCUAUUCUAAUUUAAUGUUAUCGCAACUGCUGAAAAAUGGGGGGGGGGGGCAAAAAAACUUCACUGCUUACUGUUUACUAGACAUGCCCCUACUCGCGGUAUAGCGAGUAGUGGCAGCAUUAACUAAUACUAAGUAAUCUUUACUUAGUAUUAGUACAUUUGGCUGAAAGACCAAUGUAGGGCUUUCAGCCUUUUGGUAGAUAACUCCCUAAAUCCCAUGGUAUCAGGGAACUAUCUACUAAGCGGCUGCAAGAUCUGAGUUUCAUUCAUAUGAAUGAAAUUCCGAUAUGAACAAAGCUCCAAAAUGUGUCUUAACACAAAUGGAGAAACUGUUCACAUUCUGUUAGGACGAAAUUCAGUAGUUUCGCCAGCGUUCUGUCUAAGUGACAGGACGUUCGGGAAUACUGACAAGAAGCAUCGCAAGAUCACUGAUCAAAGGUGAGAAUUGUGGGAAAUGCUUUGAUCACCGGAAACGAAGCACACUUUGCUCCUCCGCUGGUCUGAGAUGGUCAGGCGUAGGAAAUCUCCAUAAGACAAAGUAGGGAUGCUUUAAACAAAAGUAGAGCAGAAAGAAAUAAAUGAAGAACAGAUCCUGACAGAGGGAGAGAAGAGGAAUCGAUUAAAGAAAGGUAAGUUUGGCAUGACAGUGCCGCUUAAAAAUAUAUGUAUCCAAGUAUCCUAUUGGUAUUGAUCCUGAUGAAAGUCCCGUUUGGUGGACUGAAACGUUAAUUGUGAUUUUUUUUUUAAUAUGAAUUAAUAACGACUAGAACUUUUAAAAUACGUGAAUGCUGCUACCUCUUUGGAUACUUGGAUAAUCAAGCCCUGGAUUAGCACCCGGCACACAAGGGACAACAUAGCAUGAGUGCAGGAAUUUUUUCUUUAUAUUUUCCAUGUAUUUAAUAUCUUUUCUUUCUUGCUCUGGAUCUCAAUAUCUUGUGUAAGUCCCUACUUUUCCUAAUGUGUUUUAUUAGAACUACAACACUCGAAAAAAUUAAAAACAGAUUCAGACACAGGUAACUAUGUAGAAUCAGAUUACAUAAACUAUAUUUUUGGUGACACAGCCGCUUUAAGGGGAUGGAGGGUUGAGAAUGGAUAUAUUUGUUGAGACUCGAGGACUGCAUAUCACCUAAAAAAUUUACUACAAUAUAAGGAUGCCCCCUCAUCCUUUGGUAGUGGCUUGGUGCCCCACUAAGCCACCAUAUAUAUAUUUUUGCCCCUUACCACAAACACUGGGGUAUUUUCUGGAAUCUUCCUAGUUAUAAUACCCUUCUUCUCAACACAUACGGGAAAGGAAGAGAUAAGAAUUAUCCAGAUAUGUUGUACAGGAGACAAUAUCCUGUUCAUUUGGUAACACAUUGCACUGUAUUACAAUACCUCAGAAAUUGAAAGAACCAUAACUCGCAUUCAAUAUUAAUAUGGGGUAAUCAUUAUCUAGCAGUGAUCCUUAACUAUGCAGUGAAACAAGAGAUGGCUGUCAGGCUAGCUCCAGUUUUAAGGUAACUAUCUUCUAGAAAGAUAUGGAGGAAACAUGAAACGUGGAUGUAAAAAUUACCACUUAUAUAUAUGGAUAUUGUCAUCCCAAUUCAUACUAAAGGAUAUAUAACUCAACAUAAUGCAUGCUUUACAAUGAAAGUGUUAAACCUGUGAACAAAAUAGGAACAAUAGAAACCUUGACAGCUUUCAAACUCAGUAAGGCCCUUCCUUAUAGAUAACCAAUGAGUACGGAACUUUUGAGUGUGAAAAGUAAGUUUUCCAUCCCUGUCUGUAUAAUAUGUUGAGUCAACAAUGGAUUACAUUAUAAACGUUUUCUGUGGAGAUAUUUUUCUCAGAGACGUUUAUUCCUGGCUUAGUUUAAUUAUGCAACCUCUGCCGGGAUUGUUGGAUGGGUAUUUGAUAAAUGUACAGAUAUUGUCAUUCUGUAAAACUGUCAAGUGUCAUGGCUUUUUUAUUAGCAGAUAUUAAUUUAUUAUUUUGGUUUUGUUUUAUUUUUCUUGUAGGAGUCCAAGAACCACUCAUUCUCGGGAUGGACAGAAGAAAGAAAUGCCUCAGACUGCUGUGCUAAUUUCUUGUGCUGACCAAUGA